AUGCUCACAGCAGUUACAAAUGCAACGGGAAAUUCGGCUGGUGCUAAACUGAGGUGCUUGUACACGAAUGCCCAAAGCCUCCUAUCGAAACUAGACGAACUAAAACUUUGCCUUGUUGAGCUGUCUCCAGAUGUUUUAACAGUAACUGAGACCUGGCUGUCCGGGAAUAUUAGCGAUAACGAAGUAGCCUUGCCUGGAUACCAAAUUUAUCGGAGGGAAAAGGAACAUCGUCAGGGUGGUGGUAUCGUUGUGUAUGUGAAUGACGGUCUGAAAGUGUCGGAUAACACCACCAAGUUUGCGUGCAGUACGGAAGCUAUCUGGUUGACCAUCAAGGCUACCGGUUCCCCGUGUCUCGAUGUCCUCACUGUCUACCGACCACCUAGGACCACCAAGUUUGCGUGCAGUACGGAAGCUAUCUGGUUGACCAUCAAGGCUACCGGUUCCCCGUGUCUCGAUGUCCUCACUGUCUACCGACCACCUAGGACAGACCGAAUCGCCGACACUCAACUAUUGGAGCAGUUGGAGAACUUUUCCAGUCGACCUAACAUCAUGAUCAUGGGCGACUUCAACGCACCAGGAACAAACUGGAAUACCCUCCAAGCGUCAGGUCCAAAAUCGGCAUUCGAUUACCGCCUGUUGAGCAAGACAUUAAAUGCGUGCCUCACACAACAUGUAAUGUUCCCAACGAGAACACGUGAAGGACAAAGGGCAAACUGCCUGGAUCUGGUCUUUACGAAAACACGAGACAGCAUAGACGAGAUCGUCUCCAUGCCGCCCCUUGGCCGAAGUGACCACGUAGUGCUUAUGUGGGAUUAUUCGUUAAUCUCCAUUUCACAUACUCCAGACCACAAAAGGCGUAAUGUUUGGCGGGGCGACUUCAAUCAGAUGAGGGCAGACUAAUCCGGUCUUGACUGGGGCUCUUUGUUUACGGGAAGUGCCAACGAUGACUGGGAGCUGUUCAAGAAUGUCCUUCUGCAGCUCAUCAACAACCACUGCCCACUGACUAGUGUAAGACUGAACAAACGCCCUGGGUGGCUAAAUAGCAACCUCAAAAAAGAAAUCAACAGGAAGCACAAAUUAUGGAGAAAAUACUGCGUCACUAGACAAGCUGAAUGCUUCAACACCUACAAGACCCAGAGGAACAAACUGAGGAAGCUGAUAAUGCAGACGCGGCGGGAAUUCGAGAAGAACUUGCUACAAAAAGCAACGCAGAACCCAAAAUUGCUCUACAGCUACCUCCGACGAACUACAAGGAACAGGCAUCAAAUCCCUUUGAUAAAGACUACUGAUGGCGAUGAGAUCGCUGAUAGUAGGGAUAAAGCUGCGUAUUUUUCAUGGUUUUUCCAAUCAGUCUACACAAACGAGGCAAGGUUCCUUCCUCCCUCCACAGAAGAACUGCCGACUCCAAGCGUCAGUGAUAUACUCUUCUCAAAAGGCAUUAUCCGAAGAGAAUUAGAGGCAUUGAACGAAUCGAAGUCGCCAGGACCAGACGAGAUUCGACGCAAGCUUCUGAAGGAACUUGCCAGUGAGCUCUCUGUGCCUUUGUCGAUGCUCUUUCAAACGUCAUUUGACACUGGAACACUUCCUGUCGAUUGGAAGCUGGCGCAUAUUACUCCGCUACACAAAGGAGGUAACAGGGCAGCGACGACAAAUUACCGGCCCAUAAGCUUGACAUGCAUUCUCUGCAAAGUUAUGGAAAGGAUCAUAAAGACUGAACUGAUGCAAUUCCUGGAAGUUCACGGCCUGCUAUCGAAAUGCCAACAUGGGUUCCGAAAAGGAAGAUCCUGCACGACAAACCUGCUGCAAUCUCUGCAGAGCUGGACCCGAGCUCUCGACGACAGGCACGCGGUCCACAUAGCCUUCAUCGACUUCCAGAAGGCUUUCGACACUGUGCCACACCAAAGACUCUUACAUAAGCUGAAAAAAAUAGGGAUCGGUGGCAACUUCCUUAAAUGGAUCGAAAACUUCCUUGUGGGUCGACACCAGGUUGUGUGCGUCGGUCGGGGAAAAUCAGAUCCGGCUAUGGUCGAUAGUGGUGUCCCCCAGGGUUCAGUUCUGGGACCCAUUUUGUUCCUUAUCUACGUGGACGAUGCCGCAAGAGAUUUAGACUGUGAAGUAGCAAUGUUUGCGGAUGACAUGAAGAUAUGGAGUGUAAUUCGGGGUCCUGCCGACGAAGACAGCCUGCAGAUGAAUCUGAAUCGGUCGGAGGAGUGGUCAAACCGUUGGCUCCUGCGGUUCAACGUUGCAAAAUGUAGCAUACUUCGCCUAGGCAUCACAGCCAGAUCCGCCAGCACAAGAGGCUACUUUCUGGGCGGUGCAGCCCUACAAGAGGUCGAAGCCCAAAAGGACCUCGGUGUGCUUACGACGAGUUCCCUAAAAACAUCCGCCCACUGUUCGAGGGUGGCAAAAACCGCAAUGUCCGUACUGUACGCCAUCAAGCGUGCGUUUAUGGACUUUGAUGAAGAAGCUUUCUCUAGGACAUUCUGAACAUUCGUCCGGCCGCAUUUAGAGUACGCUAUACAAGCUUGGAGGCCGUGGGCUGUUGUGGAUCAAAACUGCCUCGAAAGAGUCCAGAGGAGAGCCACGAAGAUGGUUAGGGGUCAAAGCUCCUUUCCUUAUUCAACCCGCCUAGUAAAUCUGAACCUCUUUCCUUUGAGUUACAGGCAACUUCGCGGAGAUCUCUUGCAAGCGUUCCGCAUUGUAAAGGGGUUGGAUUGCAGUCUGGCCUUCGAAGACUUUUUUGAAUUUGCUACCACGACCAACCUCCGAGGUCACCCGUUAAAACUGCGCACUCAGCAGGCACGGCUGGAUGUGCGGAAGUUCUCCUUCUCGGUUCGGGUGGUCAAACCAUGGAAUGUGAUUCCCGCAGAUGUUGUGAUGCCACCAUCUAUACAAAUUUUUAAGAAGAAUCUGGACAUAUUUAUGUUCCGAAAUGGCCAAGAGCGAUGAGAAGUCGAGCUCACCCCUGUAACUCCUUCUCAUUUUGUCCCACCAUUAUGGGCGUGUUCGAACUAUUUCAGCCCAGAACAUCUAUCUGUACAUUACACAUUUUUUACGUUGCAAAUAGGGUACUCAAAUGCUUACGCCUAUUUCCCUCAAUAAACUGAACUGAACUGAAAAAAGCCGCUCGCUCGUGCGAAUGCAUAUGACAAAAGUUUGCCCAACAACAACUUUACAAAAUGUACGUUUUAUCUCUUUUAGAUUACUGCGCAGUUUUCUUCGACACAGUGUUCUCAAAGGGCCAAAAGAAGAGAGUAGGCAUUCAGAGACACUUUGUUAAAUCUUUGUCCAUGGAAUGCCCUCCAAAGUUCUAUUCAAAAAAGUCGAAACUUAGUAGAAUUUGAAAUAUAAACCAAGAAAUUCCUUCUAAAUGGUAGUACACAUUUACUUUUGAAACAGAUAGACACUUUUCAAGUCAGUUCUCAAACACAUAAUUGAGACCGAAGGGGCUUUGGUGAUGCCGACCACUAGAAUAACAUCAGGAUAUAGCCCUUAAAAGCCAAGUAUAAAACGGACAUCAUAAUUCCUAAGCAUUCCAUAAACACAUGCAUAUAUAUCCUCGUUUCUUUUCUUCACACUUCCAUUAACUUACCCAUUAAACACUAAAAUCUUUCGAGUAACAAAUAAUAAUUUACCUUUUGACAAGGCCCUACACAUUUGAUGGUAGUUUAGGUUUUUUUCCUGAGUUCAAAAGAAACUGACAGUGCCCAAAGGGUGGUAUAAUAAACCUAUUCUGUUCAACCAGAGACGGCGUCCGUUCAGAGAGGGGAUUUUUGCGCAGUACACUUGUUGCUUACUUCUCUCCUCUGAGCCUAUAUCGGUUAAGGAGUCUGCUGUUUAGCUUCAUACAUGUAACAGGGCAGUGGUUUUGAAGGAUCAUGUGCUAUUAUUCGCUAAAUCAUACCCGAUUACCCACUGAAUUACCGGUAGGAGCGGAUUUAGUUUAUGAGGUUUGUUUCGAUCCUUAUUUGGCCGAAGCAGCCGCGCCAAAUAUAACUGCAAACCCAUACCUUUUUCGGACAUUGAAUAGAACGAGUAUUCCCAGGGCAAUAGGACGUGGUUGACUUGAUCUUGAGAAAAAGACUUUAAAUCGCACCGUUCCUGUCCGGAGAUUUCUGGAGGAACAGAUUCAGACAAACCAACUGUUGUCUUUCAUGCCUCCUCAUCGAAAAUAAGAUUCGAUGACGGAGGAAUAACCAGACCGUUAAAGGUUGAUUAUAAACUGAGUGCGUGUAUCAAAAUCCAGUCAACAAGCGCCACAUUAAAUUGCCCAUGAUCCAGACGUUAGACCAAAAAAUAAAGUUCUCUGUCUCCUCUAGCAGACGAACUUGAGCCUUGAGACGAACGGAGGAUAAAUGGCUUCUUCCCUGACAAUUGGAAAACUUCUAUUAUUAUUCCAGUAUUUAAGUCUGGCUGUCGUUCUGACGUACAGAACUAUCGAGGUGUCCAUAAAACACCCACCCUCGCCAAAAUCUUUGAAAAAAUUAUCGGCGUAAAAAUUGCCGAAUUUUGCAUAGCCAAUCAAGUUCUUAGCCCUUCCCAGCAUGGUUUUUUACCAGAUCGCUCUUGUGAAACAUGUCAUCUGUCGUUUCUCAAUUUACUUACCUCUCUUCGUAAUGGCCAUCUAUCUGUUGUCGUUUUUUAUUUUGAUCCUAGUAAAGCCUUUGUUAACGUACCACAUAAAAGACUCUUGGUUAAAUUGGAAGCUAUGGGUAUUCGCAGUCCACUAAUAGACUUUCUCAGGUCAUACCUGUCUAAUCGUAAACAUAAGGUUUUGGUGGGAUCUUCACUCUCCAGUGAAAGUCCUAUUGUAAGUGGUGUCCUACAAGGUAACGUUUUAGGUCCUAUUUCGUUCAUGCUUUACAUAAAUGAUAUUUCGGCAGCAGAUAAACAUUCUCAAUCAUUUAUUUAUGCCGAUGAUCUCAAAUGUGUAUAUUCUUUCAAAAACUCUACGAGCCUUCAUUGCCUGGAGCAAAUCCAUGCUGACAUGCUUGCUCUCUCAGCUUGGAGCUCAAAAUGGCUAAUGGAAUUCUCUCCGUCUAAAUGUCGCUAUAUGUGCUUUGGACCUGAUAGACUACCCCAACCAGUGGUCUUUCAAGGCACACCUAUAACUGAAUGUACCAUCAUCAAGGAUUUAGGUUUAAGCUACACUAGUAGUCUUGAUCGCUUGCCACACGCUGACAGAAUUACAGCCAAAGCUGCCCAGAUUUGUGGCUUUGUUUUUUACGCUUUCUAUAUUCCUGAAAUUAAAUAGACUGUAUCCGAUGUUUGUACUUCCCAUUCUCGAGUAGUGUUGCCCAUUCUUUGGUUUGAUGGAUGAAGCCAGUCGUUUAAAAAUUGAAAAUGUUCAAAGACAUUUUUCUAAAAAACUUUUAGAUAAGGAACAUCCCAAUAUCUCCUACUCAGAUAGAUGCCAGCUAAUUAACCUAAAAUUUUUAUGGGUUCGAAGACUAGAAGCAGGCUUCUGUCUCCUCUUUUGCAUUAAUCAUAGUUCGAAUUUUCCUCGGAUUUCAGCACUCACCCCUAGUAGUCGCCCAUACAAUCUACGCAACUCGUCCUUGAUUAUACCUCCUCUAACGUCCUCCACCUCUAAGCGCUCCCUUUUUUCGCCUCCAGAUAUACUUUCCUCUGGAAUAAUCUUCCAAUAAAUAUAACAUCUGCAGAAAAUCUACACACGUUUAAGAGGAGGCUACGCCUUUAUCUGAAUACUGACUCGAUUAAACUUUUAUUUUCCUCAUCCUUUCCAGACAACUUUUUCUAUGACACUGAGAAAGGACCACCGGGAAUUUAGUAUGCCGCCAUUAAAUUUCCGUAUCUGUUCACAUUUCCUUCCUUUGUGAGUAACCUGGCUUCCUAUGAUCCCUCACCAGAAAUGUUAAUUUUUCCAAUUUUUCAGUUCAUGCAUCGUGCCCUCAUCGUGCUCUUGGCGAAACCUUCUGUAUUCGCCAUAUACUAGUAGUCUGGUCGUAUCUCCCUUGCCCCAUCCUCGGAUGGACUCGGAUGAAUGUAACCGACCGCAUCUGGGUUCCUAUCAGCUCGAGACUGGUUUUCAAUUUCGCAACUUAUUUGCCUUAUUCAAGGCCACAUACAGGCCAGUCCUGACCGACCCGCCUACUUAACCCAUCAGGAAAUCCGUUAUACAAUGUCAUACACAGCUGACAUUUAUUUCGGUCCUGACGAUGCCCGACUAUAAUCCAUUCUAUACCGCCACAUGCAGGCCAGUCCUGCCCGCAUUUUUCUGAUUUUAUGUUUUCGAGGGUUUUUUUCUCCUGUAAAAUUGAUCCAAACACUUUGAAAUUUUACAAAUGGAGUCUUUUUUCACCCCUCGCUUAUCAUUUUUCUUAACGGGCUUCUAAUCUCAAAAACUAUGUAUUGCACUUUGUACUGUUUUUGCCUACCUCGUCUAAAAUUCGCAUGUAAAUUUAUUUUUAUUUGCUUUGAUGGGACUCCGACGGGUCUUUAAUAAUGAUAAUAAUAAUAAUAAUAAUAAAUAUUAUUAUUAUCAGGACAGCAUAAUUUCGUGAUAUUCGUACCUUUAUAGGAGCUGAAUGACCUCAGUGUUGCAUGCUUGUUAUUCCGUUUUUUCCGAAACAAACAGUCCACGAUUUACGUGCGUCAAGACUUCCCCUUUCCUGGCAUCCUUUUAUAUCUCUGGUAAAAAAGUGAAAUCCACCUGGUGUCAAUUCGAGAUCAAUCAGGUUUCCAGACGACCAUGUUUUUAUCAACGGGAUGACGUUCGGCAGAGUCUGUAGACGCACACAUCGUCUCUUAAAAACUUGACAACUUACUUUGCUCGUUGGUAUAUGCGAAUUAGAGCCGCAGAUUCAUGGAAGGCUUGAUUACACAGCGACUGUAGCCUCUACUUGCAAAAUAAACGGCCAUAUAACUAUCGGACGGAUUACUUGGAGGGACGCAUUGUAUGGUUAUUGUGGCUCUUUAGAAUUUCCUUCCAAUUUCAUAUUUCAUUCGGACAAGGGAUAAUAAGGAAAGUUUGACUCAUCGGAACGUUUCUUUGAGAGCUGCAGGGACCUUAACCUCACAACUGUUCCAGGAAGAUUAUUUUACUGCUGUUUUUCCGAUUCUGCGAAGCAUUUAGAGCGACGAUUCAGUCUGGACACAUUUGUGUGUGUACUCAUUGUAAGUCCGCAAAGAUAAGACACCAGGUGACGCCGGAACAUGAAUGGCCUCAUAUUUACAAAGCGCUAUUAAGAGAGACUUUUAUUUAGUAGAAGACUCUACUGCAAAUAAUGAGCAGUCUGCACAGAUCAACUAGGACAUGCGCACCGAAGUAUCUACUGACGUCUAGCAGACGUGGACGUGGUCCAGUGCAAAAUUGUGUUCGCUGUCCUUCUUGAUGAGGGUGGGCCCGUGGUUUAAAUAUGCCCAGCGAUGAACUCUUUUACCGCCUGCAGAGUUGAGCCCUAUACGGGUACGUUACAUUUGCGCCUGUUAGGUGUUGAAGACUGCAAUACUCGAUAAGCCUAAGUCAUAAACAUAGAGCGUUCAAUGUAUUUUAAUGAAACAGGCGUUAGGCUUCAAAUCCUUAUUCGUCACAUACAAAUCGCAUGAAUUACUUACAAUGUUAAGGCAUUACAGCGUCAAGUGAAUGCAGAUUUAUAUUCUCUUUGUCCAUUAGUUUUUAUGUUAAGAUACUCCCGUAAUCCGACUGUUCCUGCAGCACCCGUCUGUAAAGGCGGUGUGAAUGCCACUACAGAAUAAGCCAUUACAACUGACUCGUGUAGGUUAUUCCAAGAUCCAAAGGCACGGUUGGAGGGCAAAAACCAAUUCAUGCGCGAUACCGAAAGUUAAGAAAAGUCUCUGUCCAACUACAUGCAACUCAGAGGACAAGGAUUAAGGCUUUUUAAGCGGAUCUCGUAUGGCAGUGCUCUCUGACUUCUUACUAAUUUUUUGGCUCGCAUCUCCAUCCUUUCGAGCGGAACUUGAUCUUAAACCGCUCAUGGUCUCCAGGCUUGGAUGUCGUAUUCAGGAAUGUUUCAGAGAUCCCGGAAAAGUGGUUUUCGUCAAAAGAAACACGAAGGUCUUUUUAUAACCUGAAAAACAGGCACUUUCCCUUUGCCAUUCUAGAGCGAUGAGUGGAGGAUUUUGAGAAGUUUGUCGUCAGCAAAUCGAGGUCCUCUUGGCCUUCCACGUCCUGUAGAUCUGCGUCAUUGAGAAAGCAAUUUGUUUUGUUUGUAGCUCUGGUUGGAUUGUCAAGGUGAAGUAUGUUACUCUUGCAGACGUUGAACCACAUGGGCCGAUGACUUGACCACCCCUCCAACCGAUUUAUGUUGGUCUGCAGGCCAAUGCACCAUCCCCAAAAUUUGCGUCGCAUUCUUCCAAGUAUUAACAGCUUUUUCAAACAUUUCUAGAUCUUUGAACGUCAAUGUGUCCUAGACUGCAAACCCAAACUUGUUUGGUAGAAUCAGAUGCGAUUAUCUCAAGUUUACGACAUUUAUUCAAACUGCGAAGGUCACUGGAUGUAAAUGUAACAAGUCAAGAAGCACCUCAGGUAGUAUGUAUUUUAUAGGUAACGUGUACCCACUUCCCAAAAAUUCACUGAUUUUCCGUGUUUCUUUGUUUUUAAAUGUUGUUUCUGAAGCAAGUACUUGAGUUGGCUUACAUGAUACAAUGGUUUGAGAACAAUAUUGCUAUUCUUGUAGACAGAGACUAAGAGGAUUUUCGCACAUCGAAGAAAAAAUGUUUCUUAAUUCAGUCUUUGGUCGGUUAAUCGUCAGUUUUUUCUUAUUGACAAUCUACAGUGCGCUCUUACAUUCAAAAUGUUAGUCAAUAAACCUACAAUAUUAUAGGCAAAGAUGUUUAUAUAAACACCACCGGGAUCACGAUAAUAUCUUAAGACAUUAUAACUAUAAGUUCCAUGGCAUGUCAGACAGCGAGUUUAUAUACGAAGUGGAAAAAGUCAUUUUUAGUGCUAAUGUAAUGCUGUCAACGGAAAUGUAAUGGGAGGUUUAGAAUUAUAAAUUGUUUGGGGCGCAAGCGAUAUAACUUCAUGGCUCCAUCACAAAAACAAUAACAUUUCAGGUUUCGUGACGGCCCAAUAGAUAAAAGUCAGUUAUACUCAUAUCCAGCACCUAAUAAGAAACUUUAGCAGCAAGCAUCGGACACGUGUUUUUAUACUUGCAGGCGUAUGAAUCAGUCAUCGGCGGGCAUUUAACUGGCCCGAAAUUAAAAUGUCAGUCAAGGCAAAAAUAGCUAGUUGUAUUCGUUGGGAUCCCUCAAAAUCACCAUGGACGUACUGUCGUUUUCAAUUUCGGAAACAGUCCUCAGUUACAUGAAUCUUAUCGCAAAACCCAAGUGUAUUUAUAAGUAUGUAUAUUACUUUAAAAACUCGACUCGCCGAUAACGUUGUGGACGGCAGUCUGAACGCGUAGAACAGUGAGAACUAUCACAAGCGACUGUGCAAAAUAACGAACUCGUGCACGGAAACCUUGAGUCUCCAUUCAAAGAAAUAUGUAUGUGUCUAAAUGAAACCUCCGCAUAACCGAGAAAUAUGCUCAUGCUAAUGGGGCUCAUUUUGGUUACUGGAAAACUUUCGAAGUUUACAUCAAUUUGAACAGAAACUUAUAAGUAAAUUUGUUUUUAGGCUUUUACUGUCAUAAGAAAUUUAGCUAAAGGUACUUUAUUCGUGGUUUAUGACUCAGCCAAACACGUACAUUGUAAAUGGUUUACGGUAACUGGACACAUAGGCAAACUAACCGUUUGCUUUACAAAAUGUUCAUUUUAUGCGAUAAAGGUUCUAGAAUACGUCCCUGCAGAUAGAUACGCAUAAUUUAUAAAAUAAAAAUCAUUGCUAACCCAUUUACUGACCUUGUUACACGUGUGAUUUAAGAUGAGCUGUUGGUGAAAAACAAAACUGUUAAAAAAAUGAUUUGGCUUCAUGAUAGGGACUGUUAGACUGCUUGUUGAGGAACAAAGUUCAUUAUCCAUGACUUUUUCCAUAAGUCGAUUAAACUGUCUUAUAGUCGUAAAAUGCUUUUGGUCAGAUCGAACUGAAAGCAAUCCGUGUAAUACACUUAAGUUUUUUUCAGUUCAUUAAUGUUUUCCAUUUUUUGGAGCAGAUCUUAAUCCUUGUCUUCGUAAUCAAUAAAAAGGCAUAGACAUCUGUCGUACUAAAUUAAUGUAUCCACAUGAUGUUUUAGAGCUUAGCAACAUUCUUUAGCAAUGAUUGAGGAAUUCCUUUUAUAAAAUUCUAACUUGUCCUGAAAUCCUGGCAUCUAAUUUCCAUCCGCCAAGUAGGAAAACUUUUGAAGGAAUUAAAAAAAAUUAACUUCUGAUUAUUGUUUUUCGUCGGCUGAUUGCAGUCUUCCAGGCGCCUAAAAAUAAUCAAACGCUGGUAGGGUGGCACUUACCGAUCAUGUUGCGUAACUUGCUUGCCUCGCUCUGCUUUGGGGCUCUCUCUCAAGCCCAACCAGCAGGUGCACAGCAGCGUGUACUUUGGCUAGUUUUGAUGGUCGAAUCCCAGAUGGCCCACACUUCUGGGUUGGGUAUGACUAACUGACGACGGCCAUGCUACCAGAAAUGGCCAUUCCAGUCUGCUUUAUAUUUGUCAGAAACGUUGUUUUGCCUGAAUCGCUUUCCAAAUCAGCGUUAUUUAAGGCAUGAUGCUUGAAAUGAUGCACAAAGUAGACAACAAUUAGUACUUACACGUAGCGGCUUCUAUUUUGUUGUAAAUGUGCAUCAUUGGCGCGAUAGGUGUUGGAUAUACUGCAUUGUAAGCGUUACCUGAUGCUAAUUUGUCGCUGCUAUCGGUGUUUAAACUAACAAUUACUUGGUUAGUUUAAAACAUUUUGUGUUUCGCCCACGCAGUGUUAUUGUGGUACAGCGGAAAUGAACGCACAACUGGUUAAUUAAUAAACCGCGGGUCGCAGGCUUUGCAUUUUACAAAGCGUUGGAUUUCUAGACUGCCAAUGGUCUGAAAUGGGUGAUUUCAAACUUGAGGGCAGAUGUUAUUUUUUCUCGGUUGUAACAUUUAUCCUGUUAUUUGCAUGAAAAUAGUCUUGCGCCUCCCUAUGUUCUUUCUUCUCAGUCGUUUUCAUGAGCCUUCCCUUUUGCAUGAGUUAAUAUGAAGUGCCAUCUGGGUUAACGAAUUCAACAAUGGCAGAGCUGGCGUGACUCGAUUAAACUGCCUACUAGUACUUUAGCUCGCAACGAGAUUCCAAAUUAAACCACGACUCACGUAUUAGUGCCUCAUGAGUUCAGAAUAUGGGUCCCAUUUACAAAAACCCGAAGUUAAAAGAGUGUAAGUGGAGGUUCAGUUGAGGGAGAAUGUAGAAGCUCUUGUAAAUUUUGGGUAGAACACCUCCAUCUUGACAAGCCCACAAAGGGCUCUUUUAACUUUGGCCAUGUUAAUCUGGAUCACAUGAAAAGCUGUUCGGAAACACUAGAGCAGUCCACUUGAGACCUUGAAGGCACCGUUGAAAACCCACAUAGUUUGAAUCUUCUUGUGUCAAAAGAGCUCAGUAAGAAAACGGAUAUCAUUAUUUUUGGACACGAUUUCCUUAACGAACAGUGUGAUGGCUCCUUGAUAUGAAUAAAUUACAAACAAAUGUCCCUAAUACGUUCACUUAUGUUAAGUGAUGCACUUUUAUUCAAUUUGGAGUAUGUACUUUAAAUUGUUCACUGAUCAUACCUUACACCUUAAAUUUUUUAAUCAUUCGGGCUCGUUCUAUAAGUUCACAUCCUUUUCGUGGAACAUCUUAAAAUGUUUUUAACUUAAGUCGAGACAUUUUAGAAAAGAGCGAUGAUACAUUAAGAUAUGCAAAGUUCUUAGCCGUUUAAAUACCUUUAACAUAAAUCUCAGCCAUAGUACAUCUGGUUUUCAUUUAUUUUUGAAUGAGGGAAAAUCUCAUAUGCGUCCCGUAGUAUGUACGUAUUCUUUAGUUUUAAAACAUGAAAAUAAAUUUAUUUGGUUUCAUUUAGUGAAAAUCUACAAAUAACAUUCUUGAAUUGUGAUAUGUCAAAGCUUUGCGGAUCAGUAUUAAUAAUAACCGAUGAGUAAAUUGUGUCAUAUACCCAUUUUUGCACAAAGCGUACAAUUAUUCGAAUGUUCCCUUGAAGUGACUUCGCCUGGAUCGUUCCAGCAAUCUCCUUACAAACGCUUAAUUCAAAGUAUACAUCCAAAUUUUACCCGGUUCUCACGUGGUACGAGUUACGCACUUCUAUUCGUACUAGACUCCAAUAGUUGUUGUAGACUAAUGCUCAACAAAAAGCGAAAUCAAUAUUUGCAGUUAGCAAAUAGUUUUAUAUGGGCAAAGUGGUAGCCAGUGAGCAAAAGUUUGUUUCUGUCGACCCUUGAAAGGAAGGAUACAAAAUCAUACAAGAUUUUAUUAUAAACAAUUGCAUUAUUUACUAAGGCUAUACAAUAAAUAAUUCCUCAGUCUUCUUUUCUUCAGCAAUAAUUUAUUUUUAAUGGCUUUUCUUCAAUUAGGACGUAUGCCACAAUGCCGUUUGCGACCUUAUAAUAGAAAGGUUCCAGCAGAUGCUACAAAGACACAUUUUAUCAGGAACGAUAUUUUCGAGACAGAGGACACCUGCAUUUUUGGCGCGACCUUUCGGUCUCACACAAUAUUCAACGGUAAAUUGCGGAAUAUGGGUCAAGUAUGGCUUUUCAGACCUACGCUAUAAAUCAGUUUAUCAUUAUUUGUGGUUGAAAACAGUCAAAAGCAGAAUAAUGUUCGUGAAUUUAUUCAUGGUAGGAUCAAUGCAAAAUUUAUAAAGGCUACCGCAAGGCGUGAUCCUUGUUAGCAUGAAACGAGUAACGGGCGUACAAGUCAUCAACUGUUGCCCUAUCGUUGUUGAGGAUGACUGCAUUCUUAAUACUUGUCCCAUGCACAGCCAACCACCACGUACUGAUAACUGUUCGGCGAGUCUUCAAAAACCAGCCUUAUUUUCUUUAAACAGAUAACUUUAGGUCAGAACAGUGCUUAUAUGAAAAUAUUCAAUUUUCUGGUUGGGUCCUGCAAACGAAAACUGCCACCAGGCAAUUAUUACUCAUAGGUAUUUUGGCAGAUUUAUAAUAAUUAAUAUUGACCCAACUGUGAAAAACUCGGCUACUCGGUGGGAUUCGAACCUGCGCAGUAAGGAGAAGGCUUUAGUACAGGCAGCGUUCUAACCACUUGAGCUACGAGCCCCGCCGGACGACUCGAGUUUAAUCACAUUUGGGUCAAGUUUACCCGCCCAACCUACUGCAACGAAUUAUUCUAAAUCUGCCAAAAUACCUAUGAAUUACGUGAGCCUAGUAGUCAUCUGGUGGAUUCUAGGUGAAUUACUUAGGAAAUCCUGCUUGGACAGUCAACUUACUGUAUCAGAUUUGGUGGAUUCCAGACGUCGCAGUAGGUUGGGCGGGUAACUUGCCUCAAAUGUGAUUAAACUCGAGUCGUCCGGCGCGGCCUCGUAGCUCAAGGAGUUAGAGCGUUGGCUGUACUAAAGCCUUCUCCUUACUCCGUGGGUUCGAAUCCCACCGAGGUUCCGAGUUUUUCACAGUUGGGUCAAUAUGAAUUAUUACUCACUUAAGAGCGCAAAAUGUGGACAGUGAUCGGCUGAAAAGUGAUCGACAAAUUAAAAAUGUUUAAAAGUAGAUUAUUUUUCCAGGCCUCCUAACUUUUUAGAUCUACUGACCCAACGUAGGCAAGAAGUAUAAAUAAUACGGCAUAUGGCGGGGGACGAAUUUGUGAUGAAGGUGGUGGAUGUCGAUCAUUUGAAGGCACAUUCCCCUAGACGUCCCGGUUUUUUGCUAAUUUAUGUGCGGCGAAACAUUUAGCAGUUGAGCGGGAGGUUUAUGUUUGUUUUUAAUGUGUAGGGGGAGCUUUUGCACUCGAAGGCUCCAAAAAUGGUCCAUCGGGCAGGGAAGAGGGGGGAGCAGACAGUGGAAAUAAAGCUGCAAGAAUGAUGACAGGCGGCGGUUAGACCGAGAGUGGAAACGACAAAAGUAAACCGAAGACGUGGCUAAACUUUCAAUUCCUCCUGAAAGGUGCGGAGUCAUAAUAAAGGAAUGGUCUUUCAGUAAACACGACCGGAAGAGAGAAUGUUUGUGUCUCCGCUGUGUCAUCCUUAAGGUUUCGACGUGCUCUGGAGGGAACUGCUAACUUGUAAAAUAUUAGCCGAAAUUCAGAAAUGUGUCUGCGACUGGAAAAUAUGGGAACGGUAGGGUGGAGGAACCCCUAACUGUCAGACGACUGCGGAUCGUGUUGUGUGGCGUUUUGUUUUGGCAUCCAUUUGCAGGCCCUUGCAGACAUUACACUGCCAACAAUAAUUGCCUUCCAUAAUCCCAAACCAUUGCUUAACCUCCGUCAUUUUACGAAAAUUUGUUUUUUAUUAACAUGCUUAAUUCCGUUGCCACACGAAAGCGUGGGCUAGGACUUUCGGCAGGAAUUCAAACAAGUUUUUGUGCUUUCUUGCAUUUAGUGAGCUUACUUUCCGACGUGCUGCUUCACCCAUAAAAUCCCCAUUACCACCGUUCCGAUAUGACACGAUCCACCGCCUACCGACAAUUGCGUGGGGUUCUUCACCCUAACAUUGUCGAACAUAGUACUUCAGUAGUGUUAUCACGUUAGUUGCCAUGCAGCAUCAUCUCAGGAGAUUGCAUUCACGUCGGAGUGCCAGUUUUUUACGGAGCUUCUUUUCGGCCGCCUGAAAAACUGCACUCUGUAAAGGGGCUUCCUAAAUAGCUCGUGUGAUUUUCAUUUAUUUUCGAUGCAUUUAUAAAUUCAAAUAUAUCUAAGGAAAGACGCAUAAAAAUAUGCCUUCUUGUAUUAAUUUAAUGCCGGAUAACGUCAUCCUUUAUUUUUACGCAAUAGGAGGGGACGUCUUUUUGUUUUAACAAACUUUCUCAAUUGCCAAGUAAUUUUCAGCCCGACCUGCCAUGAAACUUGCGUUCAGAACUCCCAUACAAGAGACCGUAUAUUUAUUUGUAAGGAAAAUCGUUCAUUUCCUUAGGCUAUUACGAGGAUUUCAUAUAGGGCUCAUCGAACUGUGCAAUUAAUUUGGACCACUCUAUAUACUUUAUAAGCGCAUUAAUAAAUGGACAGAUGCUAUGCUUUACAAAUAAGCAUUUCAUAGUAUUAACAAUAUCAUAAUUAAAAACCUUUAAAAACUGAAAAAUACCCGUCCCUUAGAGAUAAACUUUGAAGAAGAUGAAAUUCUGUAGUAACAAGGAGAAAGGAAUCUCUUCAGUCCAGUAAAUGAUGAACGCUCUAAAUGUUAUACGUUGUUUGGUCAAAUGGCUGGGAUUUUGAGGUAAAUUAGAAUAAACCAACCAACCUGCGCUAGACUACUAGAAACUCCGUCAUUUCGACCUUUGUCAUUUUGCCCUGAUAACUUUUGACAAGGGCAGUCUGGAGUCAUCAGAACCGUCAACAGCGAUAUUCUGAAGUACGUUAUUGGAAACGUAACGUUGCGACUCAAAAUGGGCAUUUAUAUUAGAGAUGCCAUUUGUAUCAUAUGAGAACAAGGUGGUAGAAUUUGAUAACUCAAAAAACUCGAGGAUAUAUUUCUCUAUUCGCAUUGCAUAUGUGUUUAGCCAGCUGCGCCUGGCUGCAUGACGCGAUUGAAAUAGGUUCGGCUCAUCCCUGGGUUCCUCCAAAGUUCCCCAUGAGAUUCUUGGUGUGCAUUAAGUUAAACAGAUGACGCCUGAUGGGCGAGCGAGUGAGAUAGAGAGAGAAAAAGAAAGGCGUUAAUAAACCGGUACAGAAAAAACGUUUUGAAAUGGGGCUUGCUAGGGUUGUCGCCGAGUUAAAUGAAAACAUUUAUGCUAGAUUCACCCAAUUUCCUUGUAACACCACGAUAUUCAAACGCAAAACUCUAGCACUCUUUUAGCAUGCAGUGGGCUGUCCCGUGAUAAUUCGGGAGCAUUUAACGGUCUUUAGUGGGACUUAAUUUAGGACUUCAUCUUAAGUCUUACACAAUGAAAAGGUUAUUGGAAAAGGGUCAUACUAUUUACCCUUACUAAUUGUCGAAUACCAUGUGUAUACGCAGUAUUUUCAACAGUUUUCUAUUAUCGAAAAUCCUCAUUCAAAAUACCUAGCUAAAUAGCAUAAUAUGGGAGUUGAAUAACUUCUGACAUGGUUGAGCAGUGUGUUAGACGCCCACUUUAUGGCACACGUUAGUCCUUUCUAGUAAUUUAAACAUGCUUUGGACUUCUAAUUAAACAAAUCGUUACACCGAUCACGAUUUUAUGCAGUUGUAUUUAGUACAAAUCUCUCGUCCGGAGAGAAGAGAUGUCAAAUCAGUAGGCGUAUUGCAUUGCAGUACGGCAACUCCAUCCUUCUUCAUUAUUUUGUGAAUCAGGGAGUUUUGUUUUACCUUGAAUUCCCUUUUAACGGUCAAAUAGCCAUAAAAAAUCAGUAAUUUUGAAGUAAUACGAAAAAGACUAGAAGUACGGCAAGGGCCAUUUGCAGUCUAUUUUGUCCUUCUCAGACUAAGCUAUGGAAAUCCCAUUCCGAGGAAGCUUGAGUUCUUGGGCGUGAACCUGAGUAUCAAAACAUGUGGAACAGCUGAAUGCUGGCACUGACCGCCUAUCUUAUUAUGAAGGACAUGGUUGUUUUUAACGUCCCAUCAGGCGUUGGUAGAAUAAAAGGUCACUCAAACUAAUUAAUAGGCCUUCUGCAAUCCACUCAUUAAUUGUUUUUUUAAAAUGCAUCCAGAGAACCUAUCAUUUGGUCCAUCAGGCCUUUUAGCAGACACAGCCGUAGAUGAAAAACUCUUCCUUCUGAAAGGCACUUAUCUGAAGCAUAAAAACUGCGUCCAUUACUUAAGUAUUGCAUAGGAACUCCAUAAACGCUGUCACAGUGUAUAAAUGCAAAGAUAAGUCAGACGUCUGUAUGUAUAUACAUAUAAAAGCUUUAGACUUACCGAUGCCGACUGCUCGGGAUGUUUGUGCGGCCGCGCGCUUUGGCAAAGUCUUCCUGCCACUGGCGUCGUAUCUUCUUAUCUGACCGUCGUUAAGGAAGCAGUUGUAGUGGUAACAGCGAAAAAUAAGCAAACAUUGAUAAAAGUGCUGUCUCCGACAUUUAGUUAUGCAGAAAGGAAGGCCUUAGGGGAAAUGCUGUGCCACUUGCAGCCGAAAAUAUAUGAAGCCCACUACUAAAGCAUUUAGGAUCUGCUGCCAACAAAGACAUUUGUCUCGAAGCUUAGAGGCCAGGGAUUAGGCGUGCUCUUAAAUUUAGACAAAUGUUAAUAGCGCUGGUCUGGACGCCCGGUGGAGCCUAGCGACAGAAUAAAUCGACCGAUACUUUAGCAUCAGCGUCUUAUAUCCACUCGAUAAUAUGGAUCGCAACAUCGCGGACUUAGCAAGCUUUCUAACCAGUUGGGAUGACUCUCUGGCUUUCGUUAACUUUGAACUUUGGUUAGCAUUUCCUGCGAUUUUUAUGAGAGUAUAUAUCCCCACAAAGGAAAAAAUGAAGACACCACGAAAGAGCUGCCUGCGUCGAAGCAGGCAGGAUGAUUUUGUAUUCAGCUAUGCCUAAGAUGUUAGCAGUGAUCGCCUUAAACAAACUAAGUAUGUUUGAAACAGACCGCGUUGGUAUGUUUGCAGGACUGUUGUGCAAGCGCUGAGCUACGCAUGCAGCUUCCGUAACGUCGGCUAACGUCUUCAAAAUUAGAAUGCGCUCAGUAAGAAUUAAGUUGGGCCCUUGUUUAUUUCUGCAAAUGUGUGAGAAUUGCUCCUGAAAGGUUUCUGUCCACAGAGAGAAUGAUGUUUUGUUAGUUUUCAGCGACUAACAAAUAAUUUAUGAGAUAAAUUGUCUUUCCGCAAUGUUGAGAUACAGGGUUUCGGACAUGAACUGUUCAGAUUUCUAUACAGGCUUGUAAUUCAAGAUAUUCUCAGUAAGAUCCACGAAGAAUAGGUGUUAGACAACAGAUAUUUGUGAUACCACAGAUUAAAAGGUUAUUUAUAUGAAAAGUAAUUUCUGAUACAAUCAGGUGAAGAGAGGAAGGUGCUAAUGCCCCUGAAAACUAACAAAACAUCAUUCUCUCCGUGGACAAUGACCGUUCAUUUGCGACUCCAAACAAGCCAGAAUGCGCUGGGAAGACUUUGCCAUCGUUAAAUGAUGAAUUUGUUUAUAACCUCCUUGCUAUCAAUUCUACUACUUGCCCAAGUUGCAUCAUCAAAAAAUAGGAGUCGGUUUGUUAGGUAAGUAAGGGAUCGUCUACACAGUGUCAUGCAGCGUUUACCAUAAAGUUUAUUGUGGUCAAAACAAAAAACCGCCCCACACGCAUAAAAAACACUAAAAGACGACCAAGGAGCAAAACCACCCGCUGCAAAUAGUCAUGUAUACACCGAAUGCAGAAGACACCUUCGGCCAGGACAGGACGCUUAUUAGUGUUACCUGUCAUUCAAAGAAAACUGACAACUUCUUGAAGUCAUGCAGUUGGAUGAAUCAAGAAACAGUCGAUACACCGAGCUCACACGUUGCGUACAACGAUCUCGGGGCGAAAUAGAAAAGCUGACAGUUAUUUCAAAACAAAUAUUGCUAACUGUCGAAUGCAGCUUGACACAAAUUCUCACUGACGAUAACCUCCACCAGUGACUGAUAUUCAGGCACGUUGGUAAGGCCAACUUUUAUCUUACCCACUGUAUGCCCAACGACAUCCCAAGGGAUCGUGUUUGAUGUCUUCCCAGAGAACUAACCUGAACUCAGCUUAUGUGCGUCGAAAUGCAGUGAACGAAUUUAGUCUGUUGCUCUUGGGACAUGUGUUUCCUUAUUGAAGAUGGCGCAGCGCACAGGAAUGACGCUAAUCUGAGGGUAGUCAAUUUAACAGUUCCAUGCUUACGAGGCGACGAUCAAAGAUUCGGUGGUCAAGUCGCUCCAUUAUGACGGCGCCUCGUGGCUGUCUCCCAAGUCAAUGAUUCGGACGUUUAUGUAUGCGAUUUUGCUUUUAUUUUUCUGUGUAACUUUUGACCAGUAUGACAAAUAUUUUUGGUGAUCAUCUGAAUGCUGUGUCCGAGCAUGCUGACGUUUCUAGGCUAGAUGCUUCUAGGUCUUGUGCGUAGCUGAAUAGGGCCCGAAGAACCUAAAUUGCUCUUUAUCAAUCUACCCGCAUGUCCUUUGGUGCCUCUAUCACUCUGCAAUGACUAGAGCAUGAUACGCGACUGCCUUUUAAUAGCAUCUAUCGCUAUUCGGUGGGUUCCUUAUUUCGAAAAACCAGCUUGUCUGUUUAUGCCUAUUGUUAAAUGCUUCUAUACGAUGGGUUAUCUGUCCACGAAGUGUUCGGAACAUUGAGAAAGAAGUUCUGUCUACCGGUAUAACUCUCCUUACGUUUUAUAACAUCAAAUAGACGGCCGGUCUUAAGGGAAAAACACAGUGAGUUUAAUGAACAUCAGUGGCUGGUUAUACCAAAAACCACAAAAAAGCAAGUGUUUAUUGUAGCUUAAUUAUUUGGUAUCAAAUAUUGCAGUGUAGAUAAACCGUGAAAAAUAAUAAAGACUAUAAAGUGCCGAUGUUUUUUGAUCUCCACUUAUACAUCUGUCAGUUACGUAGCCGAUCGAUUCAUCCAUGGCGGUCUAGUAUAUUCAGUUGUUGAGCUUACUUUGAAACUUUCUGUAUUAAAAUCUUAUUCCAUGCUUAGGGCCUUGUUAUCUAAAUAGGCGCAAAAACAUUUCCAGUUGGAAUAAAAAAAUCCAAGACCACGAGAAGAGAGAUUUGCUGUUGUACUUGGAGUUUAAAUUUCAGUCACAAGCUUCGAUAUAGAUAAACGUUAUCCUUACAGGUUUCCGAGUUUAAUUGCGUUAGUCAAGCCGAUGCUUUUAUAACGAAGCGCGCUUUUCACGUAUCCAACUAACACAUUGCUCUUUUUCGUGAGGUAGGGCAGGCUAUUUUUUACUGAUUUUGCUCCUGUGCUUUAUAGCAAAAAUGCCGCCGAUAUGUAAAACAUUAUUUUAAAGUUGAACCCUUUCCCCAUUUUUUGAAGAGAAUUUAAUCGGCCCAUCUGUCCCCAUCUUAUAUUUUGGGCCACAUGGUCUGGUUUUUGCAGUUCUAAAAGACAGUUGGUGCCUAUUCUUUUCAUAUAUAUUAUUACGUCUUCAGAGCUGAAUACGUUUCAGUUUACGAUCUUGACCUACUACAUUUGAUACUAGCGGGCAGCUCGCAAAUAUUACACUUAUCUACAAUAAAACAUCCUUGACAUAAAUUCUUUUUCCGAACUAGGUCACUGAGCCUUAAAUGAAUCUAAUGUUUAAAAAUGACGGCAAUCCAUACACUCCCUCCUAAUCAUCUGUAUUUUGAUCGCACGUUUUCAUAAAACUCAUAACCUUUUGUAACAUCAUGUUGUUUUUAAAUUUAUGAGUAAUGUCACCUGUUUUGCAUUGAAAUCGUUGAUCGAGAGGGCUUGAACGCCUAAUUACUGGGGAGUAUGUCUCGUAAUACUUAUAAUUUUUGCCCGUCCUUUAGGAAGUUCUCGUAGCAGCAUAUAUGGGAUGUUACUUGCCGUUGAGUGCUGCCUCGCUGACCAAAAAACUUGGGCUUGAUAACUGAACACUUAAAGUUUCGUGGGUUUGCAGUCCUGUCGCCGUCUCAGGGCAAAAGAGUUACUCUGGCAAAAUAAUGGUUUUUCCUGUGCAAAUGUGCAACUACGUGCAUUCCUCAAGGAAAAUAAUGUCCUUGGUAUUUUGAUUCCAUUACCAGAAAAGACGGAGUAUUUAUUAAAUGCUUAUCAAACCCGCAAAAAUUUGACAGGUUACCUAAGAAAACUUUCCACAACUUAUAGAAAAGUAAUAAAUAUGAUAGAAUAGACGAACUUCAUGGAGAAAACCAGGAGAACUCUAGUAGUGGUCUUUGUGAAGUCUUCCAUAAAAGAAUGUUAUACCUGAAAUGAUUAACGAAAGAUGUCCAAACUGAAAAUAUCCAUAUCUGAGCGUAAGAGUUCUAGCUGAUGAAGUUAAAACAUGUAACCAAGUUAUGGCUAUGCCAUUACACAUGGAGGCAAUAUUAAGUAGUUUUUAAUCCAUCUCGGUACUAUGUCUGUCUAUAGAUCCGACACCAAAUGACGCGAAUAAAAUCCCUUUGGCGGCCAAUAGGCCUUCCUAAGUUAUCCUCUUUGGGUUAAUUUACCGAAAUAAACUGCAUUCGCAAACUAAUCACAGUUAAGCCUGAAUGUCCCACCUCGGACUGUUCUGGAGUCUCUUGACAGUUAUCGAAUCUCGGCCAACCUAACGCUCUGACCAUCAUAUUUCAGAACCCCUAAGUCUUGUCGCAUUUUUUGGCCCAUAUAAGGCAAGGAUAAGGCGAAACGUUGAAAUAAAUUUAUGUUUUACUAAUUGUUGCAAUCUCCAACUGACUUCAAGUUCAUAAGGCCAACGUAAAUGUCCUCACAACAAACCGUUUUACUAAGGUCAAAAUGAGUGAACUCCCGAAAGAAUAGUGAUGCGAUGAGGUCCAGCGCUCAUCCACCUAUCUGUAAUUUUAUUAAUUUUCUUAUUCAAACGUUGUGGCAAGACGUGGAAACGGGAACCCCUGGUAAUACAGGUGGCCUCGCGCUAAAUACCAGAAAUAUUAGUGCUGAUGUUGGGUUUUGGGUUAAGGUCGGAAUUGGGUUGGUGUCAAGUGCUGUCUGUAUUAAAAGAGCGGUUCCAUUUGUGUGUCCUAGCCAAAUCGUUACUGUCAGUGAUGUGCAAGGUUUAUUAUCAAUCAUCGACCAGGUGACAAAGUCAAAACAAAUUUGCAGUACUAAAAGCGGUUUUAUUCUAGGACAGAAAUAAACCAGACUGAUGAAUAGAAAGAUCUUGCCUCAACUUAGUAAGGACAUCCGACCGAACGUUUUCCGGGCUCUGAAUUAAGCCGAUGCAUAGACAUUUUGGGGACAGUUUUGGGAGUCAUAUAAUCUAGUUAAAUAUUAUCCUGAAGAAACAUACCCCAUACUUUUGGUUGCAUCACACAUACUAACUCGAGUUCUGAAUCUCAAAAGUGACUGAUAAUAUAAGCAAAUUAUAGAACAAAUUCUGCCUUUUUUCCAAAGCUUAUUUUCCAUGGAUAUGCUUUGUUCCUGACAAAAAAUUAAAAAAAUCAGAUAAAUAUAUAAACAUUAUGAUCUUUUAGUUGGAUGAACGAGCAAGCAUAAAUAAACCCAAGUUACUAGCAUAACUGUCUGCCCGAGCUCAACAUUGUAAGUUAGCUACAGGAACCUAAAUUAGCACUAAAUAUAUCGGUGCACAACUAUGAAUAAUGAGCCAUACUCCAUUUCGGGACUCAAAGCAGGCAGAGACUUUUCAUUCCGGCUAAGCGCCCUUAGUCUUUUGAUACACCGAUGUGUCCCCCGUUUUACUUUGUUCUUAUAAACAAGUUCCUGCAUCCUACCUAAAAGCACCACUAUAGGUCGACUUAGAGCCUUAAAAUGGAACAAUGUUAUAUCGUCGCAAAUUUUAAAGAGCCUAACAUUCACAAGCAGUUCUCCUAUAAGGAAAUUUUACGUGCUUACACUAGAACCUUCCAUUUAAAAGUUUCCGCUACCUGAUUCAAUCAAAAUCCGAAGUGUAAAAUAAAAGUGUAGACCCUGACUGUAACCCCUCUUCCAUGGACUUGCCUCAAGUCGGUAAAGCCAACUCGAAAUAGAACUCUUCUCAGAUCUUCUCUGUCGACUCGCAUGAAAUCUGCACAUCCCAUAUCCCGUCACAUCGAGCCACAGUGCGCCUCAAGGGCAAGAGCGUAAAGCAGAGGCGAAAGUCUUCAUCCACAACAGAACGUAAUCGGAAACCGUGGUGGAGGUGAUAACACUCUUGACGAGAAAUGUGACUACUCCGUGAUCCAGUCGAAAAGUUGGAAUUGGAGGAAACGGGGCAAUUUUUUCUGACUUUUUCCCCCCACUUUUGCUCUAUUGAGUCUGAAAUUUUUCACGAAAGGAGCAAAAAAAGUCAAAAAGGCGACAUCUAACGCAGUCAUACAGAAGUCAAUCAUCAAGGCUUAAGAUGGGCAACGUAACAGACGGCGUCUUUUGACCAUAUUACUUCCAUAACGUGAAUCAUGCGGCCAUGAGCAUGGCGGCUUGAGAUAGGAAUAAGACUACGUUGAAAAUGCGUACAGGCUGCAACGAAUUGGUCCAUCGACGCACCAACAGUUUAUCGACAACCGCUGUUGACUCAAUUGCUAUAAUUAGUCUGUCAUAGCCCGGGCUUAACUGUUUCAUAAUUUAACAUUAUCCCUGGAUCACGAGUGUGCGUUUUUGUUUCACUGACGAUCAGGUGUAGUCGAAUGCGCUCGGAAGGGGCGUGCUUCACUUCAGUCUCAUUGAAAGUAUGGAAUGCGGGCAUUUUGUGUCAUCGAAAGUUCGCGGACAAGACCCUCUCAGGCCGUCGCAUAGUGAUAGGCGCAAGCAAUAAACGAAAUAGCCAAAUUCUAACAUGAAAACUACUCCAGGUAGGCCGAGCAGUAGCAGAUAUUUGGGAGGAAUAUCGGGGCGGAAAAGGGGACUGAAAAUCACCGUCGACUCUCUGGGUCCUCAUAUUCACUACCGGAUUUGAGAUUCAGUUUGCUGACCGGUCGUAACAGUCCUCUCACAGUGUCAUCCUUGUUGAUAUCAGCCAGCGUUAUAUUCUGUACGAAUACGAAGAAUUCCACGAGAAAUUAGAUGAUACAUUUGCAUAUCUCUGUACUAUAUCAUCAUUUUAUUAACUUGCUACUUGAAGAUGCACGUCACGUUUUAAGUAAUUUGCGUGCACUAACUAAGCAGAAAAUCACCUCCCCAGGUGUUAGCACGUAUUAGCAACGUAUUUGCUCUCCAGUCCCCCAGAGUACUUUUGACACUCGGAGAAUUUACUUAGGGCUAAGUGACCUAAUCCUAUAAAAGGGCCCUCGACGAGGGGGAAUUCCACUUUCCUGAAUUAAUCUUAAGCAAUAGUCACCUUUUAUUGGCGGGUAAUUUGUUUUCCUUUCCACUCCUGCAUCAAACCAAUUCAAAAAUCUUCACAAGGGAUGGAAAUCCUGCGAUAAAGAUGCAUUCAUGUGUGUGUGAUCGCGCUUCUGUUUAUGGAGGUCUUAAUUAAUUCGGUCCAACCGGAGCUAGUUUACGUUGAAAAUAAAAAACCUCCUUUUACGUUAUCAACUUGUAGGCCUUUCCAAUUAAACAAAUUAAUUUGCCAGCUAAUGCUUUUAAACCGCUCGUACUCUUCAUCACCCUUUUUCCAUCUAUUUCAAACUAGCGCGGUGAGGUGUUUACCGGACUGACUUAUGUGGAAUUGAGGAGUGAAAUAAGUGCAUUUGGUAGGGGAAAGCAAUUUCAUCCCUGCUAUAUCUUUUUUGGGAUACCGAUAAAUGCUAGUGAAAAAUCUAAAAGCCUUCCUUUUCACCCCCAUCAAAUGGGAGAGAGCUUUCAAGCCUCUGCAGAAACGAUUUACUACUGUAGGACUAUAGUCAUUUAAGGAGCAGUUAUUUAAGUCGUCAGCCCCUCGUUCAGGAAGUUAUGCUAAAACAUUUCAUUUAGGCCGAGGUGAAUCGGUGACUGAUUUUGUAACUUCUUGCAGUUGCUUUUACAAUGCAUUGUCCUUGCGUUUUGCGCACAUCUCACGCCUCAUAAAAUUACGUUCAUAAGAUUAACAAAGUUCAACGACCGUCCUUUCAAACGUUCUCUAUGACCAGCGCCUUACUCCUUGGGGCACAGACUUAGCGGUUUGCGUUCUCGGCAUGCUUUAAAUUUCCGCGCACCAUGGACAGAUAGCGUCGAAAUUUUCAGAAGGACGUACCAUAACUUUCGGAGUGCUUUUAUUUGAAGUGAAUAAAAGCGUGACAGGUUGGAACCUCUCCGGUUGAGCUUGCCUCAUAGGCUCAUUCAUUCCAUUGAAACUGAGUAAACAACUUCGCAAAGAGCGAACUUGCUGGAAAUGAUUACUGCAGUAUCAUGUGUGUGUGCGACCGCAACACUGUUUAUCUGAUCCUAACGUGAACCGCCCGCUUCUGUUUACUUCUCCAAGUGCUGCAAAAUGUAUUCAUCCGGGCAAAGUCUCAUACAUGUUUGUCACUUCCUUGUUCGUGCUUCUACACAAGAUCAAUAUCAGGGGAGACCAUGAAAAUCCCCUCCGCAGACAAAUCACCUUAGAUGCAAAAGCAAUUUUCGAGAAGUCUAUGGUAAGACUUUUAGGCUGAGCAUAAACAUUAGUCCUGACAAGGACCUGUCAAGAUUAUCUGGGUAAUAUGGCCUUGUGGAAAACUACUAUGCAAAUGGCGUAGAUUUGUCCUGCGGAGAAACCUCAAACGUGGAGGCGUAGUCGUGAUAUGUUUGAAUUACUGUCACGCACACACCCGAUGCAGAUACUAUAACGGGUUUCACACGUUGAGCCAGCCAUCUUGCCCUAUGUGACGAAAUGGGGCAAAGUAAGUUUGAAUAAAACAAAUAACGCUAGGCUUUCAGGACGAAGGUUACACCAACCAACAGAGAAGGGUGGGAAGGGGGGAGGGGUGGAGGAGUCGUAACCAUGACAGACAUGUGCAUUAUCUGCCUCCUAGGGGCGGUGGUUGACGCCGUACGUGUGCCCUACCUGGCGCGCGAACAAAGGACCAAUUACAGAUCUUGGCGCCCGAACUAAAUCAGAACGUGCCGAUCGUCUCUGGCUAGCAGCAUGCCUGCCUGCUGAAUUCCAUAACAGAUUCAUUCUCAAGACUGCUGCCUCUGGGACAUUCCGUUUUCGGUUAACUCUAGAUUUCAAGAUACCAACAACAGCAAAAUCAAGCACUGCACUUAUGGCUGCAACUUUCUGUGCCAACAGUUGAACGCUAGACCUGCUCUCCCACUAACUUGUAUAAACGCCAUCCAGAUCCCAUGGGAAAGCCCACUUGAGUAGUUUGUUUUUCUUUUCGUGGGCAGUCACGGGAGAAUAGGCGUAUUCUCCUGCAAGUGCUGACACUAAUUUUGAGUGUUCGUUCUUUCAGAACUUUGAGGAUAAGAAAGCUUGGUGGUCGUUCCCUGCAGCCCGUUUUACAACUUUCAGUUAAGGACCUGUUAGAUACCAACCAAUCAUGCUGAUUGAAAAAAGUGUCUGAGAAUUAGGUUGAAUCACCAGUAUGAGUCGUGCAUAAAGCGCUUCCUUUUCGACGUUGUUUCUGACAGCCGUUUUCGGUCUAGCCAUGGCGGCACACGUUGUUUCACCUAACAUUUCAAACAUCUGUAAAUUUAACUAGUUAAAGAGACAAAAGAAUGCAAGUUUGUUGAAAAGAUAGUGUUCAUUUACAUUUGUGCUCAUGACUGUAUUUAAUUUUUCGCACUUAUGAAUAAACAUGCAUUUUUGAAAAGACCUAUUCUGAAUAAUUGUGAAACGACGGUGGAAGGAAUGAAAUCGAACAUUUUAUAGAAAUUGGUGCCAGCAUCAUAGAUGGUAUUUAUUAACCUGGUAUGAUUAAAAAAAACUAGAUCGUCCUUAACGCAUUGACAUCCUCGGUGUCACGUUUAUUUUCCCCUGCUGAGGUUUGGAAAAUAAACUGAAAACUGAAGUUUUUAAAGAAGCAAACUUCCACAUGUAAAAACCUUUAGCAACUAUUUUAGGUAAGUGUAAUAACUGCAUUAAUAGGACAGACAUUUGUACUAGUAUAGAUUUUAACUAGGAGAAAUAAAUACCUCCCGGUAUUUGCCAAUCAUGCAACCUCGUGUCUAGGUAUAACAUUUUCGCCGGCAGACCGAUGACUGAGGACUCGGGAUGCGGAUGAAGAUUCCAAUUUGGGCGGAUUGCAAAACGGAUUUUUUCAAUGAUUUUAUUUAUGCUAGUCACGUUGACGGUUUUCCGAUUACCGGAACGUUGUCAGUAGCAAGUAACUGACACAACAGGAUGCAGACGUCAAUGAUAGUUUGACACAGUACAAUCCUGUCUCAAAAACAAUCCCUCGGGGGUAAACCAUAAAGAUAGAACGUGUCUAACUUAACACUCAACACAGAAAGGGAAUGAAUAUCGGGUGCUUAACGGACAAACCUACUUUUAUCAAAGCCGCCUUAUUGAUUUCCAUGAAAAUUACGCCGUUGUCCGGUAUAGCUAAAGGGACUGGUACAGACUGUAACAUUGCAUGACAGUCGAUCGCCAGUCGAUCGCUCACAAGUUGUGGCAUAAUGAACAGUGGUAUAACUGAGGAGGACCAGUAAUAAGAGAUUUCACACGAUCUAUCCUCAGAUCAAAAUACUGGUAUGUCAAUUAAUUCCAAGUUGGUUAUAUUUUCCACUGCAACCACUGUUACUAGCUGAUUAGUCGAGAUGGCAGUAAUAUAUGUAAAAUCAAAUGUUGUAUGUGAGACGCGCGCAGCAAUCUGGCCUCGCCGCUAAUGAAGGGAGUGAAAGUGUAUUCUGGGAUCACUCGAAAUCACUAGAUGUCACCUCAAACUGCCUAGGGCCGUUUUUGGGAACCGUAGCGAGGGACAGAAAGGCAAGAAUGAUCUGUCCGUUUUUUAAAACAAAAUUAGACUGUGCAAAUGCUAUCAAUUUUUAUACGGCUAGCAUUAUUACCAACUAUACUUCACAGAGCUUGAAUCCUGACUUUUUGCACAUCACUGGGAUUGGUAAACUGCUUGCAUGAGCAUAAGUUGGCCAAAAGAAAAAUCGGUUUCCUCUGACCUUAAUAGAAAAUCGUAUUUAAUUUUCUCUGCUACUAAUCUAAAUAAGCAGCCCGUUCUUUAAACAAAUCAGCAUUAAAUCUGGCAGAUCCAGUUCUCCUUGUUUUCCCAUCUAUACUACCUCUUCAUAUACUACCAGAAUAAUAGCUGCAUUCUUUGCGGUCCAUAAUUUUCCUUCUAUUUAAAAGAAUUAAACAAAGCUAGCGACAGUGCGCGGCAACUUGACCAAUAAAAUUCAUCGUUGAUACCCAUGCUUGAUAAAAUAACUGGACAACAGCUUGACGAGAGCUAUGCAUUAUUAGGGGACCCAGUGAACGGCUAUAUACUCUGAAGUCACAAAUUUUAAUUCGUUUAUCAAAAACUUUUUGAAGAUGGAGACACGUACCGUGAAAUAAAAGUCAGUAGUUUUAAGCGAUAUGGUUUCUUGAAAAAGUUGAUAUUUCGACCGCGACUUAUUUCUUAAGAGGGUGAAUUAUGGGACUUAUAACUUUAUACAGUGCUCUAUAUCAGUACAUCCAAAAUCGACAGACUUCACACUAUAUGUUUUCUAGCGGGAAAGGUUAUUCACAUGAGUUUUAAUGAAGCGCUUAUUACGGCACAUGCUUUCAGCCGGGUUACCGCAUACAAGUAUUCUGGCUUUGGAGAGAGGAUCUUUCCAACCAUUAGCAUAAACCUCAUGCUGCGAGAAUUCUUAUUUACGUCACUAAUCUUUUCUUUACUUUUUUCUGUCCUCACUCAGUCAUUUAGUUUCUAUAGUAAGAAUAAGUUUAGAAUGCCCUUUGUCAUACUCAGUUUAUUAAGAAGUAUGUUAACAAAAAUGUGCACGAUGAAGGAUAGACGUUGUAACGUUUACUAGUGCUUGUAUGUCGUAAAAUAUUGCCAGAAGUUUAACUAGCUCCUUAGCAGGCGAGAAAGAUUAGAGCAAAUGUGCGCAAUACUUAUGCAGUAAUUUUUUAAUACUAAUGUGCCCUCACAGUUUAAGAGACGCCUAUUCAAAAGCUAGAAUAGUUUCCUGUAACGAUCAACUUGUGGCCGUGUUUGCUUCUGCCAUCCUCGAAAGCUCGACUUGAGUAACACUUUCUGCUUGAAAGCGGGCAAAAUUUUCACUUUAAUUUUCAUUUAACGCAUUCGACGGUCGGUGCAAAUGUUUGAGAUCUUUUGGAAUGCUAUUAAGUAUUUCGAACAAAAUCGUAUGUCAUACGUUCACUACAGGCUAAAAUGUUCUGCUUAAAUUGUUUUGCUCCUGAGCCGACCACAGAUUCACAUUUAAUUGUUUGCUUAAGUAAAAACACUACGGCCAGGAGCCUUUGUCCGGCCUGGGUCGAGUGUAAGUUUAAAUGCAGAGGAAGGCAACUCGGGCUGCAUCAGACUAAAAACGACAUCCUGAAUAUACUGUUCUGGUACACUUCUGUUUCCGGCGUCUAGUUUCGCUUGUCGACCGUACUGAAUUAAAAUGGAUCAAGUAUUCUGCAACUGGAAGAUCAGUAUUUCUGCACUUCUUCCAACCUUAUAUACAGCUGUUACUGACGCUUCCCAGAAAAAGACAAGUCAGCGUCAAACUCUACUUUUGAGGGCGUUGAAAAGACAGGGGUCAGGAGGCUUCCUUGGGUCAUCUUCGUGCAUGUAAGCAAUGUUCUUUAGAAUCCUCGUAACCGUCAGGGAAUAGUGUUCCGUAGCGGAGGAUGGAAGAUUUGCUGAAGUCCCAGUGUUGAUUUUCCCUAGAUGCAUAUGCGCAUAGAAAAGCACACACCAAGACUCAUAAAAGAUUAACGAAAAACUGUCGGAAUACCUAAAAAUAGAAAAAAAUCACCCAGGUUUAAUUGAAAAAGCAAUUGUCGGAGAAUAUAAUUAGAAUGAAAAGUCCUGCAUGGUCGCAACCUGGAUUUGGAAUUAGCCUCCAACUAAACCGCUUUCAUCUUGUUUAUUAGUUUAGGAGCCUCAUAGACACCCAGUUAUGCUUUAUUAAAUAGUCAGAAUUUACGCUCUAGUUUAAUUUUUUAAAUUUUUAGAAUUUGUAAAUUAGAAUUUUAGAUUUUUUUAGUUUCCGCCCUUAAUGUGCUUAAAGAGGGAUGCACUUUGAUCGGUAAAUAGAUAAAUCGCAGUAACAAUGCUUAAGGUGCCUGAAGAACAGUUGUACCGUCUUGCUUUGUCAGAUUUGUGAAUUAUGCCAGUAAGGUAUACAAAUAGAUACAUAUCUUUAGUCCUGAUCAAUCAAUUAUGGACGGUUUCUGUACAGGAAUAUGUAGAAUUAUGCAACUUUACCUUAACUUAAUUGCAGGAAGCGUAGUUUGGAAACCUCGGGAUUAGCUGUAGAUGCACGUUUGUUGUAAGGCAUAGAUGUAUUGAUAAAUCGUCGAUAAAAGUUAUUUACAUCUUUGAAACUGGAAAUAUUAACCUUAGUUUUCCGAAAAUGAGACAGAGUUGAGCAAUGUGACGGAUGAGUAAAUUCAUUCAGGCGUCGUUAAUCACAGAAAAGGGACAUGAUACGUAGACUAGGAAUGUAUUCUAUGUGUAGCUUGCGCGGAUAACAGAAGAAAUUCUCGUCAAGACAUCGGCAUUCUGCCAUGUACAUCCGUCCCUCGCAAUAUUUUUCCCGAUAAUUCCUUUUUUAAGAACUAAAGUAAGGAAAUCCUCAGUUUGUCUCCGUACCAUAAUAUUUCGUUCAGUGUCUGACAGACGCUUUGCGUUUUAUUGGGGUGCUAAAUCAGGGAAUAGGUCGUGCGAACUAGCAUAUUUUCAGCAUUAGCGAUGGUUUACCGCAUACGGCUCUGUCGGAAUUCCAUGGAAACCACCCCAACGGUCGAGUCUGCAUCUGCGAAACCUUAAAAGGAGACCAUAUUUAUGGCUUAUAGUUAUUAAUUCGCUAUCAAUGCUUCCUUGCACGGGGUGCAGGAUUACGCAGCAGGGAGGUGCAUAAUGGUUAAAGCUCCUGAAGCGAAGAAUUUAUGAUGAAGUGGGGGAGAAGACUGAGUUCCAAGGCGCUGCAUCAGCAGGCCUUUGGCGUCGAUGCUCCUAAUGGACACGCACACACGACAGUUCUGCCGUUGUGACCUACGAACUACACCGUGUGGUCCGCAAUAGGGUUAGACCGAGGACGGUGACUUGCGCGUUAAUUAGUUCAUAGUGAUAUUGCACUUGCUUUGCGCCUACCGCACUCCUUCGUUUCCCUCGCCUGGAUCCGGUGUCCAGACAGAAUCGGGGAGGCCGCCGGUGGUUGGCACGGUGCAAACCCGCACCUAGGCGUACCACCACACCACCUGGUCCACAACAUAUAGUGACCGGGAUUUUUUGGCAGCAAAAGGGAACGGUUUUGAUGCCAUCUGGCGCGACGUGAGCCCGCAACUGGGCGUGCCACCGCACCUCGAAAUGUCGACAUUGGGUGUGGAGGUGCAUUCCCAAUAAAGCCUGCCGGACUCCCACCUAGACCCCGUGUUGGUCCAGCGCAUCUACGGCGUGGCCCGUUUUGGGUGCAAACGCAUGCACACACACACAGACACAAGCACACCUGCGCGCUCGACCAUCGACUUAGCAUGUGCAUGUGGGCGCGUGCCGCGACAGCCGUCUACAUCAUGAAAGGUCAGUACACAAUGAAUUAUGAAAGUAUUGUGCCGCCUGACCGUGUUCUCCUUUCUGCCUCCCCCCUCCCUGUCCCGCCCCCCCCCUUUCGUUCUGCCAGGCAGGCUGCAUAGGCCUUUCCGGCUGUGUGCAGCAAAAGGACAGGAGGAGCAAAUCUCGGCAUCGCGGACACGCACACACGCUCACCCCUGCUGCAUCCUUUCCUGCACUCACCCACCCAUUCGCCCACCCCCCCCCCCACGCACGCACAUCGGCCCAUGUCCGCCCCGAGGCGGCGGCGGCGGCGGCGACGCAUGGCUCACCUGUUUGCAGUGAGGCGCCGUUAGAAGUCGUGGUGGGAGGCCGGAAUACGUGAAGAUGCUGCACUACUCUCCUAGUUAUUUUGUUGAUUUGACGAAGUUGUGGGGGCUAACAUUCCCUUCGGCCAUAAGGCUUCCUAACAUACGAUCCACUAGCGGCUGGACAGUAAAGCGAGAGAUUUACAGUGAUACUAGAUUUCAGGACCUUCCUGAGUCGCUGAUUGCAUCUUUUGUUUCUAGAUGGCAGAUAUUACAGCCAGCAAUUAUAGCCGUUUUCGUCUUUAGAAAUGCAAUCGGAAAUGAGCAUUAUGGCCGUCAAGUUCUCCUGUGUCUUUGUGGGCGAAGCUUUUAUUAGGUCCGGAAUUUUUGACACAAACAUGACUACCUCCUCACUUUCCCCUCCUCCUCCUCCUCCUCCUCCUCCUCCUCCUCCCUUUGAUCAGUCCAUUUACAAAUUUAGAUCUGGUUCCGACCAUCGUUAUACUAGUGUUACUGCUGCUAUAAUUAAUGCUAAUGAGACUACAAUAAUAAUGCUAGUAUAAUGUCUAUUACCAUUGUCCAGCGGACACUAUUAUUUCAAGUACGAUUACAUAUUACUGCUGAAGCCGCCAAACAGAUCACAGCUGCCAUCAUGAGGUUUUGCGUCCUAGUUCGUGCAUGAUAUGUCGCCUGCCUUCUUACUCUUAUAGUCUUUCUAUUCUCCGGCCGCUUUCGUUAGUUAGACACUGCCGAAACCUUUAUUCCAUCUUUUUGCUAAUCCAACACUCUUGUUACAGGUAUCCUUUUGUUUGCCGGUCUCCACACGAGUUUUUGUUUCUGUUGUUGGCUUUGCUGCUAUCUAACUUCGUAUCUAACUGACGAAGUUUCCAGUAGCCAUGCGUUCCAGUGAAACAAUUACUGCAACAGAUGUCCCGCAGUGAGUGCUUAGGCCGCUCCUGAACAUCAAACGCAACGAAGUCACCGGCGGCAUCAUAAUAAGUUUCCUCAGAAAUUAAUCGUAGGCAUAAAGAAAAAAGAGAUUUCGGGUGAAUUUUUUUAUGACACAACUGACUCUAAUGAAGACUUGAGUUUUGCCGUGAAAGGCUAGCACACUUUGUUACCUUCGGUGACUGAGCAUUGAAAUCUAUAACGAUAGGUAACUUUCAGCGGCCAACCAAAGAUUCUUUCUUAAACUGGAUCGCAAUAGAGUUCAAAUGAUACAUUUAAUUUGCAAAAAAUGACCUGCAGAGAUCUACAUAUCGACUGCAGAUGUCGAAGUUCAUAGUUCUGUUUAAAAAUCACCUUGUCAAAAUAGUGGAAUCGGACGCACACUGAAGACCUGCUGAUAUAUAAUUAAAGCAAAACCUCAACGAUUUUCAAAACAUAACUAAUUACUUAGACAUCUAAGACUGGGCAAUCGAAACACUGCAGGAUUCCUUUUACGAAAAAUGAAUAUAGUAGUCUGGCUGCGUAGUAUGCUCUUAUGUUUAUCGGAAAUCCAAAAAACGUGGGCUGUUGUUUUUUUAAUUGUGCAAACAUUGGUUUAAAUAAAUACAUUAGAACAGGCAGGAAACGACGAAGCAUAGACAGUUUAAUGUCUACAUUUUCGGCGUCAUUACAUUUCUACUCUACCACCAAUCAUCUCUCUAUUAUUGAUUAUAGAACACUGCAUGUGUGCUAGCCACUAAGGUGCUUUGUAAGGCACUACCGUGGAGUUUCUGUAACGCCUCUAGAUUUAAGUUAUCGGCAAACAACUCUAACAUCUCUAGACAAGGUUUUUGCCUCGGGAAUAAAAAACCAGCCCAGGAUCACCAAAGUACGGUCUUGUCAUGAUCGGUGCUCACAACGACACACUCAGUUGGGGAAGAAUCAAUUCACAAUCAUGCUACCAAGAACAUUUCAAAGAGCACACGCAGGCUAAUAGGGCGGAGUAAUUGAGAGGGACAAAAUAGAAUAGAAAAGACAUUUCUUGCCUAUUCGCCUUUAUCAGGCCUCCAGCCUGCGCCUCUGGGUCGUCUGAUUGACGGCCACAUAUAAACCAGCAAUAUAUAUUCCUAUCGUCCUUUCUCUUUCCUGGGGAAUAAUUGUUAGCAGUAGAUUGCCCAAACGUUCGAGAGUAUGACAGACUGCACCCGUGUGACAUUUUAUCCGCGGUCAGGCAACGCAGGGGACAGUGAAUGGCUCGUAAGUGAUCCAUGUUUUCUGCGGGUAAUUAACAAAAUGAAACCGAUGAACGUUAAGAUGGAAAGGAUUAAGAUGAUGACAGCGGUGACUUGUUCGAUCAUGUGGGUAGAGCAAAUUAUAAACCGUGCAAAUGCAUGCCAUUAUGCCUGCCUGAAAGAUCGGUAUCUUAAAGUUCAGGCUGCGUAUUAGCUGAUGAAAAUAAAUCUGCUACAGUUAAAAUAGAUCCUAAAAACCUUCAGACAUUAAAUCUGGACAUAAAAUGAACAUAAAGCAUGUGUGUUCAAAUCAAAUCACUUACCGAGAUUUUGAAAUAUUAACCGGAAUUCAGAAGGACGUUCGCAUUUAGAAAGCAUUGCUUAGGUGGAAUUAUAAUACUGAUUAUCAUUCGGAUUAGCACCAUAAUAUAUCAGACACACAGGGAUGCCGGCUUUUGUAUGCAUUUCUACUUGGUCGACUGUAAAUACUAGCCUCGGCAAAAAGGACUGCAUAUGAAGUGUAAAUCAGUUGUAUUGACUUUUGCUGCCCCUGUAACUUUCAAGAUAUUUUAUAGAGAAAAUGUGCAAAAUUAUUUUUCCUUAGAUCCAUUUCGUAGCAAAUCACAUGUUCUUCAAAUCAUAUACUCGAAGAAAGGACGUGACUUUUCUUACUUGAAAAUAUAACAGGACGCAAAUCAGGUUCAACGUAUUUCUGAAAUUUGAAAAAUUCUUAAAAUCGAAAGCCAUCGUUUCCUCGAGUGCAAACGUUUAAAGGAGACGUAAUUUUCUACUAAAGAAGUAGAAGAAAGAAUAUUUAUGUGCACGCUUUCUAUAAAAUAUAAUUGAAUUUUUUAAGACAUCGAAAAUCAUUAGAAAAAAUGCACGCUACUCUGAUAAUCCUUUUUGGCAAGGAUAAUAGUUGCAAUCGGCUGAGAAGAAGUGCAUUCAAAAGUCGGCAUUCCGACUUUUCUGAAAUAUUAUGGGAUUAUGCGGUAGGAUAAUCAUUAUUACAGCUUCGCUUACGUAACCCUUCCUAAAUUAAAACGCAUUAUGGAAUGCCGGUUAACAUAUCAUACGACCGGUCACCGUUGAGAAGAAGAGACAUUCACCAACAGUGGCUUAUUUUCGGGUCCGACUUCUCGAAUGACGAUUUUGCCUGCUCGUCUUCAGGGACUGGAAAGUCAUUUUGCGGCACACUUUGCUUAAUGCAUAGCCCACCAAUUCCGACGAUGGGUUAGGGACCAGUGUCGCCCCGCCCUUGCAGAGAUAAUUGGCGACAUACACUGCUUCAGGUCGCGACUGUCUCCUGUCAGGAAGGUUCGUAAAACCAGAUAGGGCGCAGGCAACAUUAUCCAGUCAUUGUCUGGACGGCUGAUGGACGUCUAGUAUUCUCGUACUUACCUUGAAGUUUGCCCAACGCCUCACCUCACAUUUCAGCGGCGUCACAGUGGAAGAUGUGCCCCAUCUGCACGACAGGGAUUGCGAUCCCCGACUUCAGGUCCAGCUACAUUGGAGAUGCCAACCGAUGACUACGACAUCGAUUGCUUGAGCAUCAGUUGACCGUGCGAAAGUGGGGUCCAAGUGGGUCACGUUGGAUUUCGGACCCAUUUGGCCCCACGACCGACAAUGCAACAAGCACGCACCAAGUGCAUGGCCGCUCUUGGCGAAUAUCACUUCCUCAUUUGACAUGCCAUAUGGGAAUCGCGUUUGCAAUACUACCGAUAUGGUGUUCAGCAGUAGAGUUUUCCCAGUAAGCGGACUUUGCUUAUAUACGCCUCAUGAAUAUUGGCAGUCGGAGGCGAAAGACCACGUCCCUCUGGUCAUGAUUUGUUUUCAUAAAAGGAGAAUUGUUAAGUCACGGCACGAAUUCCCAGACAGUUAGUUGCGUAAAAUAUAAGGGAUCUCACUGUUUUCAGUAAAGUUUGUGAUAGCAAUGGCAGGUUUCUCUAAUUCAGAAUCAAAACUGACCUUUUUCGAGAAUGUUUACGGUAUAAUUGCUUGAUUUUUGACAAACAACAGUUCGUCGUGUAUUUUUUAGAUAAAUGAGUCACAAUAUGAACGUUAAUGCCCAUAAGAAGUGCCUUUUGAACAUCUGAAGCCUUCGAAAUUAGUUUUUUUUCUGAAAAGUCCAAAAAUCAUAAUUUAGAAGUUGACAGCACUUUACCUGCGUCUCAUAACCACGAAAAGGUAGUAGACAUAAGAAGUCCUUAAAAAGACACUCCAUCAUUUUCUGUUGUAUUUAAGUUAGUGUUCACAGCUAUACUCGUACUUUCCACAGACUCUGGUCGAGAUUUGACUUUGUCUUUUACUAGAGCCAUUACCGCGAACAGCUAUCCUACCACGCAACUGCUCGUGGAAAAGUGUGACUGUCUUCGUUGAAUGUAGCGGGAUGGGUGUCCAGUAUACUGACUGUGCAGAAUGGCUCUAAGCCUGUUCACAAAUUGAAAGAGAAAGCAUUUUUCAAUGGUUAGCUUUCAAUGACGAUCUUAAUAUUUUUACUUUUUUAACUCAUAUAUGAAAUGUGAAAUUAAAAAACAGUCGUAAAGCUGCAAAAGCAUGCAUUUUAAAGAUGUGUUGGCUAGCACCGCAAACUUCGAAACCAAAGAUGCACGAGCGAUUUUCCAAAUCGCUAGUCACAGUUCAUGCAGGGGGUAAAACUUGCACGCCGGAAGUCAAGCGUUACAGCUUCUGCGACAGAUUCAAUGAGCAGGUCGUUUCCCUGGAGGAUGAGAGUUUGAAGGCUCCAACCGAUGCGGGAGGAGGGGUCGCGUGGUAAAGACUACUGCUCGUACUUGCAACCAACACAUUCAGCUUAUUUGUGGAGUACCCAGUACGAUGUUCGUCCAGUAGGCAAUUUAGACAUACGUUAAAUGCCUAAUAAAGAAUUCAAUUCUGCAAACAGACUGAGGAAAAACUUCUUUAUCAUUCGCCUAAUCGGCGAGGAAUUAAAAACCGUCGGAAUUUAUUGAACAAAUUGUAUAAAAUAUUCUAACCGCUUCAUUGGUAGUUGCUAAUUAAGGACUUUAGAAUGCAUACAAAAGAAGGUUUCUGAUCUAAUUUUGAGACAUAUGUGGUUUCAUGCAAAUUAAAGUCAGAAGAGUCGGAGUUUAAAGCAUGUCUCUACACUGUACAGUCCCCGCUUUUCAGGAAACCGUUUUGUCAGAUAGACGGAUAUACUUCCACUUCACUGUCGUUCUUCUGUUAUUUUUUGUUGUAAUCAGCUACUCUGUUUUCCCAGUGGCGAACCAUUUGCUGGCUUUAAGGCAAAUUUUUCUUCCUCUUACUUCAAACCGCAAGAUUAUUCGAAAUAUAUGCGGACUCAGUAGAAAUGUUUCCAAGAAAAGAAAGAAAGCCUUGACGAACAUAUACUGCAAACUCACCCCUAAUUGAAGAAGAGCGGUCGGUUGUAUUUCCAAAUUAAUACACAUGAUGGAAAAUAAUAGCAUAAUUGUUAUACGACACACCGCUUUAAAAGAGCACUCGUCAGCUUGACGAACCCAUAACAAAAUUUAAGAAACGUAGCUUAUGCGUCUCAAGACGAGAAACAUACUACAUAGCAUUAGCUCAUAAACGGUAUGGCAGGGCUACAAAUCAUCUCUUGAUCAGCAGCUAAAGACAAUAACCUUCAGAGUAAAUACCUAUGCUUUCAUCUGACGGAUCUUGAGCUCAUGUGACUAUGGUGAGAACUUUAGACCACACUUCUUCACACAGCAAGUACUUGUGGUUUGAGUCACGGAUUAUAUUUACUUGGUAUUUUUUGGCUGGCUGAAAAAAACGGGUAAAAAAUAAAUGACUAUUUUGCAUUUUCCAUCCUUUUAUAGAGUAAAGUUGACACAGUGUUACAUAUUAUUAGUCACUAGUUUACAGUAUUUACCCUUGGAAGACUUGCAGUUCCCACUUUUUCAAUCCAGACAACGGAUCGCAAAAAGUCUAUGGCCUUUCAUUCGCUAAUUGCAGCGAACCACAAAUCGUGCGAAUUUCCAUUCAGUGGCAAGCAAACUUGCUGUAUUUUCUGGCGGCUUAGGCAGGAUGCGCAGGCCUAUUCAGCACUAAUCGCCUUCGGAACUCACAAAAUAUGUUCCUGUGUUUUUUAUGUGUGCUGUAAACAUCGCAAUUUUUCCCACUGCAAUUUGCCUCGAUUAGGGCUAUUUACCAGAUAGGAAGUAAAGAACUUCGUCUUGCGAUAAUUUUCCCCAAUUUCGCCAAAUAGCAUCUUGUAUAGCUUGGCGCAGAGCUGGCAGAUAGUUUAGAAAAUUAGAAAGGCCAAGACCAGCCACAGUGGGUAGGCUUGUCAUUCUUAUGCCUGCCCCUGUCAUAUCUAUGCAAAUUUACUCUGCCAUAAAUAGUGAACGGCACUAAUCUAAUAAACUGUCUGCCCGGGAUACCACAAAGGGCAAAAAAAUGUAAUUUCCAUAAUUCGGUUUUGGCAAUUACGCUUAUAGCGGGUUUUUAGUAUGUAGGCAAAAAAUACUGCGUGAUCAAAAUGCUACAGUAAACCAUAGGCGGCAAAUGGAUUUGUUUCACAAAAAAUAAUUCACUCUCAGUCAUCGUAACCUCUCUGAUGAUGGAUUUCACUUUAUCUUUCUUAUAAAAUCGUUCACCACUUGUUUGAGUGUGAAGUGCUCAGAGGUAGUAGGUGGGAUUACAAUCACCUACUCUGGGGUUGUUACAAGUUUGUCUGAUUUAAAAAUGUUAGCCACCGUCACAGUUUCGAAGGUCCUGAAUUAUCCAAAAACAAUGCCUUUCGGGCUAAAAAUGGUAGUGAAAAUCGUGUGACGCCGAAAACUGCGCAAAACAAACUUCUAAGGAUUCUUCUAUAAAACGUCCAGUCUAGUUUAGUAUUUUUGAUUUCGCUUCAUGCAAGAAAUCGUGACAAUGUUCACAACGGAAAAUGAAAUGACCCCUGUAAGAUAUGUCAAGUUUGCAAUAAUCAUUGCCCUUGUAAAAACUGGCUAUGUGAAUAACGCAGCUAGAGUAACUAAAAAAUGUCCUUUUGCUUUUUUAUGCAUGAUAAAUCCGCAAACUUUACUAAUAGGGUGUAAAACGAGCAAAUAGCUUACUCUUGUACAGUAACUGUUUGUUAUAACGACCAUACUAUGAAUAUGCAGUUGCAAAGCGUCUUUUUAAUUCUGAGUUCACAAAAGAGUCAAAGUAAGGACGGUUUCUUUCCUUUAAAUAAAAUUACGUGCCGAUAUUAAGGGUUGAUUUCAAGUCGUCUUCCAUAUUUAAGUGGUACAAAUUUCCGUCUACUCCCUCAAUUUUAUAUAUCUCAGACCCUUUUGUAUAAAAAAGGGUUAAACAAAGACUUCAACAAUCGCAUACCAGUUUUUCACCGUAUUUUAAAUAUAUCUGAUUUACCUAUUCCGCCUACGUUAUCAGUCGAGUCCAGCCGACUUAACAAUUCGAAUAGCCUGUCCAGUGCAUGAUUUUACAUAUCCGUAUGUCUAAGCGGUCGAAGCUCAGUCUAGUCCAUCCUACGGUUUUAUUGCGCACCAUGGAAAAAUUAAUUUCACAGAAAGCCGCUUUCGGAUCAGGCGCGCACCGUGCCACAGCCUGAUCUGAAACUGCUGUGAGCACUUCGCUUUCGACAGAUUAGUACGCUUGUAAUUUGCUUUAGGUGAUUUAUUGUGUCACACGCAAUCUUUAAUCAAGCACGUUAUACGACGAAACGUAUGAAAUGUUGACGAUCAUGAUCAGUUUUAAAUUUUUAUGCAGAACAGCGAUCACACUAAGUUGCAGAAUCGCCAAACAGGAGUGGCAUUUCCGAGUCUAUUCUGUAUGUGUGCAUGGUGAAGUUUGACUGAACUCCUUUUUCCACCCAUGAAAAUUUUAAGUCGAUAAAAUGUUUCUUAGAUUGUGUAUGGUACUUUUCGUCGACAUUCGAUGUCCUGGUGAGCAAUGCCUUUUGAUAUGUAAAGCAUGCGCAAGACAAUGUCAUAAUUUUACUCAUAUUCCCUCACUGAUUAAACCUAUUAUUUAGAAAAGAAUAAACAUGUCCACUUUAGGAUUUUACUGAUCCUUGUAUAUUUUAAAGCAUUACUGACAUCUUUACUUGAUUUAUAAUUUCAGAAAAGUCUGUAUGCUUAGAAAUGUUGCGCUUAACUUAGCAAAUGCAAACCACUUUUAUAAUUCAUGAUAAAUUUUAACAAAUCUUACGCUAUUCGGCUCCAUGAAUAGUUUUCAAGCCUUUAAAACAUUCUCAUAAGAAGUAAGUAAAAGAACUAAAGUGUCUAAUGCUGACAGGUUUAAGCUACAAAACAAGGUUUAUGGUCCCAGACCAUGAACAUCCAAAGUGAUUUGUGCAGUUUUUGAGCAAGACCUGGUUAUAUUGAUACGUCAUCGGAAGUCAGCGCCAAAAAUGCACAGGACAAAAGCGGCAGCAUUUAUCCGAAGGAACAGCCGGCGAGAUUCCCCCCAAAACUAGCAUACCUCCACACGUGACUCUAGUCACGAAUGUCUUCUUUGCAAACUUGUUGGACCAAUCAUUUUCUGUAGGAAUACUAGCUACUCACUUACUGUCGAAGUCUAAUGUGUCUCAACAUAUGCUGUUAACCUAAUCAAGACUUAUUCCAAUAGCGUUGCCAAACAAAAGCAUACCAAAGGACAAAUAGUUCACUGACUAUUCCAACAAGCCUGCUGGUGUUUGGUGCACACACUUGGAAGAGACAAAGAGGUCUGUCACACGCGCGCGCGCACACACACACUCGGCACCUACUUUGGCAUGCUUUUAAUUCUUCCGCAUAAAUUUUUUCAAGCUGCUUUAAAAAUUAGGAUAACCUCUGGACACUUGCUCAUCGCUGCCGGCCAGCCGAGACUGCAUGCCCUCUCGGCGUUGUAGGCCCUCAGCACUCGGCCAACUUUACGACUUUGCGCUCGUGCGCGCUACCACCGCGAGCAGGCAUGCGGGCAUUUGUCUUUUAGCAGUUGCCAUCUCUCCCCCGCCCCCGAUCGGUCGCCGAAUAGCCCAAAAGCCACCGCGGUUCCACAGGUUCUCGCCCUGCGCUAUCUUUUAUCGGCCUCCCACCAUUGCGAGGCCACGAAAACAGCCUUUGCUGGCCAAAAGUUAUGAUCCUUUUGCGAGGGGCUUGAGAGGCGGAAGGGGGACUACACUCAAAUGACCCACUGACUAGACUGGGUCCUGAUGUCCGUCUUAGCCAACUGGGAAGGCGACAGCAAGGACUGUCGUUUAAGUGAGACGCCUCGAAACUGCUCGCGUAGUGUCCAUAACGUCUUUCUGAUUGUUUGUUGUCACUUUUAAGUAUAUGAUACUCCAGUCGCGGAAGCGGGUACUGUAUGCGGCCUGGUAAACGGUUAUGAAAACGAAAGCCCCUAAUCACGGCCUGCACAGCGCUCCAUACAAGGAUCCCUCUUAAAAUAAUAUAUUUUUCGAUUUUUUUCAAUGAACACGAAGAUCCCACUGGCAUUAAUCGCAGGAAGUAUUCGCGAAUUUGCGAAUUUAGGUGAACGAAUACUCCAGAACUGCCUGCAUUACAGUCCUAACCAAUGCCAAAUCUGUUACCGAAACUGUCUCAAUUGUUUAACUGGUCUGACUGCAGACUUCUUAAAUGUCACUUAACUUAACCACCAACCGUUUUGUAUAACACAUGAAUGCAUUUAAACCGCAUCAGAAUUAUUUUUUGCUUGGAAUAUUUAAGGCACCAUCUUCCCUUUCACGCAAUCCAUUCAAUCGGGAUUAAUUCCAGCAAAUGCGUAGAUAAUCUUCAUAACUGCCACUCAGAGGCCAAGGAAAGCUCGUAUAGGUGACGAAUAUCUUCGCCUUAUCAACGGAACUAUUAAUGGAUUGCCAAAUAAUGUUUAAGAGAUAGUUACCCCCAAAGCGAAUGACAUACACACAGGGACCUUCGAAAUUUAAUGAGUUCCUGCUGCUUCUGUUGUACUGGGUCGAUCGAAAGCUCUCUACAAAUUGCAACGCCUGCAAAAGCAACGUUUAGUUUGAAAAUAACUUAAAUAAUUGACUGGUUGAGAUUACAUGCUAAUGAGUAUCCAAUCAAAAUGACAACUUAUUAGUUUUAUUUGCUGAUAAGGAUUGCGGGAACCCCGAGAGGAAUUUUACAACUUAAUUUUCCACAGACAGGAGUCACAUAUGUCUUACAGGCUGCCCUGUCCACCGUGCCGUGGGCGGAUAGUCAAAUCAGUAAUUUGCAAUUCGAAUCUUUCAUCCAUCUAAUUUCUGGAAAUAACCCAGUAAAAUGCGAUCCCCAACAAUAAAGAUGGAUACGUUAAACAUCCAGAUUACUCUGUUUCGUGAGAGAUUCUGAUAAGUCGAGUUGAUGGGCACUUAUGUCAACAGCACUAUCCAUUUAAAAGUUACUAAUAUUUUCGAAAUAUUUUCAUACCUCCUAUGGUAGGUGAAAGGAUCAGGACAUAGAAUUUCAACUCAUACAUUGAAAGUGUAUUUACUCAAAGGUGGAAGAACUAAAAAUAUCCGAAAAACUAUUUAUUGAAAAAGGUUUUGACUGUAUGAUCGACGUAAAACCAUAUUCCAUCUAUCUUCUCACUUAGCCUAGUUCGCAAAGUCGGCUCUGUCGCCGUUGUAGUUAGUCACUUCCGAUUUGUAAUUUGCUACUCGCAGAAUCCCUUCUCCCCGACCAGCCAAACAUCCUUUUUCGGUAUCAAAUUUUACCAAAAAACAAUAUCUUUUCAGUACUCCAUCAGCGUCGACCGUGCAUGCGCAGGCGCUAACCUCAGUCGUCGGUUGCCCCAAUCGCGUGUUAGCGCCUGGGAUAUUGCCCAGGUCGGCACAUACAAACACGUCUCUGACAAAGCGCUUUGUUUGAACGAGUUCAUUGUCCUGCUGCAGGUGGCCGACGUCGGAGGACGGCCGCUGGAUCAUGUCCAAUGCCCACCAAGUUGCCAAAAUUGGCCGGUGCAGUCGUCGGCGAAUUUUCAAAAGUAGCUCGGUUCCCCGGCAGUGUAUACACAGCUGCAGAUAAGCUAAUAGGAGAAGCAUCGGAAUUAGAAAAGGUGCUGACUGCGAAAAGCAUUGUGCUCACACCGGUCCUUUUCGGACUUUAUAUAUUUAUUCCCAGUUGGGACUUAUUCUCACCGUUAUUUCAACUUACUUCACGUACAGGCAUUGAACGCAAUAGGUUUUGCAGACGAUACAGAGGAUUUUACAUGGAAUGCUAAUAUGUUCUGAUGGUACGCCUGCCAUCGUUGAUGGCACAGCGUUCGUUUUCCCAAGUUCCUAAUGACGUAUCAACGCAUGUUGUUACGUAAUUAUAUGAAUAAUCAAAUUAUCCAGCAGCGCUAAGGAGUCACUACCGCAGGUAAAAUAUGUAAAAUAUGUUUUUAUUAGGAAAUAGUUUCGUCCUUCAAUGUGUCACAUAAAGGAGUCAAACGGGCCGUUACGGUCCAAACCAGACUAACUGAGUGGUUAUAAAAUUUUGGAUUCUAUUUGGUGCAAUUAGGUCCAAUAUCGGUAUGAGCCCUUAAAUUUGCUCUCCUUAUCAGCACUGUCCUCGCAAUUCCCCCUACUCACACUUUCCUACAUCAUCAGCACAGACCAAUCCUCUAAACUGUCGCAAAAUUCUAUUUAUCUGUUAUUCGGCACGACGUUUGGCUUGCUUGGUUGAACACCAGAGCUUUGCAUUUUUUGUUAAGACUUAAGUUCACUUUUAUACCUUAUUGAUCCCGUCUGUAAUCUUCUCAAAAUGACAAAUUGUCCUCCUCCUGAAAGAUAUUUUUGAUUUCUCUGCAUUGGUAGUUUCACAGAAGAGAGGCAUAGACUCGGUAGUCAGUAUCUGCCAACCCUUACUUUGCCUGAUCUUACCAGAAUAAGUUACGAAAAGAAGAGAAACAAGUAGGCCGAUGUGACUGCUGCGAGUAUAUUUAUGAGCUGCUGGCCAAACUGUUCAAAUAUCCAAAUGUCCGAAAAUUCUUAUAAAACGUAAUUCUGCUGAUGUCUAAUAGGUCACGCUCUUAGAAAGACUUUUAUACGACUAUGCUGGCGAUUGUUUUUGAUGAGUACCAAUGCGAUUCACAAACUGCUGCCUUCCAUUCCCACUGCUUUUGCCUUUUGACCAUUGAUAAAGCCAAAAUUGCCACGUACAAAUCACAAAAAUAUCGUAGACAUUUUCGCAGAUCACAACGCACCUGCGGUUGUAACUUUUACUAUGUGGCAUGGCCUCAAGAUGACUGGAUGUAGACAAUAUGAACUUUAUCGCCAACCUUUGUAAAAAUCUUUCUAUACUGCCCGAUUAAGAGUAAUAGCCAUAAAAAGCAAAUAUCGUAUAUCAAAUAUAACAUAUUUAUAUCAUAUAUUAAGUUGACAGUAUGUUCACAGAUAUUUUUUAUGGAGAGAACAAGAAGUAAGAGUCACUGGCUUGGUUUUUGACUUUGAGCCACAUAUUUACUCCUUCAUGCCCGAAGAUAUUCGUUGUAAAACUAGUGCUCAUACUCGAGGUUACUUUCAUAACCGAUAGCCUAAUUACGUUGGGAAGCGUACAUCUGAAAAUGACUAUCAACAAGCUGCUUUUGAACCAAACACGCUUUUUGCCAAGUCAUUCUUUGUUUUCAAGAAAUAGGUAAAUGUUGCAUGUUCUUGUCUUAACGUGUUUGAGGGUAAAAGAGAAUCCGUGAGUAGCAGUCGGCAAUAAUAAGAGUAUUUUAAUGGGUUUAGGCACGUGAAAAAUACUCAUAUUCACAAGACGUCUAAAAUGUUUCACAAGUAGUUGAAAGCAACUUUCAAGAAGUAAUUAUUUACGGCGAAAUUUUCUAUAAUAAUUUUCAGUCGACAAGAGAGCUAUUUUAUUGUUUGGUCAAUCAAACAAAAUAAACAUAAUACCACAGGUUAGGUGUUGUUCUUCUAGUGCAUUUAAAAGCCUCGCACACACUGUACUGGGGUAGCCGUUACUAUAUCUUGUUUUGAGAGCAUCCACUCGAAAGUGAUCAUAGAAAAUUUGCUGUGCAUAGGGGGAUGUGACUAGGAAAGUAGUAUAGCACGUUUCAUGGGGCCGUUGAUAGUGGUUGGCCGAUUUUAAGCCCACAUAUUUUGCACCUUUUAUAAAAAUGCGUUCCCAAUAGCAUAGAUUAUUUAAUUAGUAACCUCGUAACUUAGUCAAAGUACAUUAAUUUUUUUCCGGCUGAUGUGUUGACGAUUUUGACGAUCAUUGGCAUGUCAAAGUCUUUCUGAGUUUUUUAAAAUAAUUUUAGAACAGGUAUUUGUCUGUACUCACUUUAAUAAGCAGCAGUUUAACUAGGCCCUCUUUGUUUUGGUCGGAUUUGUAAUAUAGUAGAGCUGUUUGUGCUUAAAUUCCAUUGACUCAACUGCAGCACUUUAUUAGAGAAAAUAAGGGACCAGCUCGAAAUUGCAAGUAAUUCAGUUUCAGUAUUCUGCUAUACAUUUUUCUUGAACACAUUGACCUGAACACCUACCAGUGAUUGUUCGGUACAUGAUAUUAGCUCAAGGUGGAACAGGAGUCUCUAGGUAGGCAUUGACGGGCGCACUGUACGUUUAUUUGUUUCUGCUCCCAGGGUCUUACUGAGACUACUGAAUGGAGAAAAAAACUCAUGAGAAAGCAUUGUGCUGCUGUCAGGAGAGCACCUGAUGUGCCGACUUAAAUAGCAUACAAAAAGCUCUUUGAGUGCGAAUUUGAAGAGCGCUUUUCAAUAUUUACAUGCAUGCCAGCUUCAGUAUUUCUAUUUUAGUGGUUGAAAUAAAUCGCUUUAAAGAAAUUGUAAUACUGACAUCUAGUAACGGUCCAUGAACCCGUUUUUACAUUUCUGUGCGAGUGCAAAGGUUGUUCAUCUAACGGGAGGGGAGUUUUAUCAAAGCAGCCACCGUGCCAAACUAGUCGUGGACAAAGCGUAAACUUAGGAUUUAUAUUCGCGGCCAGUGCGCUUUGUCCUUGGGCCUAUCUCCCGUUAGCCGUUAUGCCGCAACUUUAACAAGUGAACAUAGUCAACCACAAGUAGAAAAAAUCUCAUAUUCAUGAAGUGAGCGCUUUGCACAGAAAAGCUAAUGCGUCGACAGAUGGCCAGUGUUCUGUAUAUGAAGCCUUUAUCUCACAGUCUUCAACCAUUUUGCGAUGAAAAAAUACCGUCUUCGAUGAGGAUUAUUUGUAUCCACAUACUGACUUCGCCUCCUCCGUGUGCCGACCGGUAAACAUUAAAGGCUACCGUCGAAAUCCCAGCUUGAUAGCAUUCAACAAGAGUUAGAUGACCGACUGAGCACAUCUGCCGAAAGAGCGACAGCGGCCUCCUUUUACCUAACCACAUGGUUUGUUUUGCGGAUUUUGAACGGCUGGACUCGGCAUCUCAUGAAAUUGAGCAAACCUGUCUUAGGUAGACAAAUAUGCAGCAGCACAUUUCAUAUUUCUAUCGACCAAGUGGAGGGCCAUUUGAAUACCUAUUACGUCAGAUUGCAAAAAAAGAAAGGAAGUAAACCAAAGCGCCGGUUUCGUGGACACCGUUUUUGCCAGUUAUCCAUUUUAAAUUCCUGUAAUAUCAAAUAUUAUAAGUGGUAAAAUUACUUUCCCUGAAAAUUGGCUGGCACCUCACAGAUACCAUUUUAAUCAACUUUGUCUAAAUGCUUUUUAGCAUUGACCCAUCGUCCAAAACGUUCGUCUAUUUCCGUUUUUCCGGAUUUCUUUGCCCCCACAUAUCCAGAUUUUUUGGACUAUUCAACACAUUUUUGAAUACUUUGGCUUAGCUAGAAGGCCUUUGAAGCCUGCGUUGAAUUGUAUAUUUUGCGUGUUAAAAAUUCGUUUUUUAUCCGCUUUCCUAAUUAAGAGUCCAUACUGUAGAGUCCAGAACCAGUUGACCCCUGAAGUUGCCUACGCGUUGUCUUAUAUACACAAUAUGUCUUAAAUCCACUGCUAAAUUUUAUAAACCCCAUGUACUCUCUCUUUAAGAAAGAAGAGAAAAGUAUGGUUCUCCUUACGUGAAGAGUAUACGGCUUGUAGAUUGGAAACCCUGAAUGCAAGUGUAAAAUCAGGUCGGGUUCAAAAUAAUACGGAAAUUGGAAAGGUUUUUGAAAACCCAAUUAUAUCCCUUUUUCGGGUAGAAAAUUGGAAGGGUGCGUAGUUUUCUACAGAGUGAGCAUAAACACAAAUAUUUGUAUACAUGUUUUUUAUAAAAUAUAUAAUUUAAUCUUUAAGAAUAUCAAAAAUAGAUGGGAAAAAUUCAGGCUAAAUCGGUAGUUGUUUCUGGCAGAGUAACUGUCUUGCAUUGGGCCGGAAAAGCGUUCUUUCCAAAGCCGGCAUCUUGAAGUAACGGGAUUAUUGUAGCCUUAUGCUGCAUCGUGACUAGUUUUACAACCCGACUUAAUCAAUCUUUUCGAACGAACACGCAUUUCGGAAUUCCGGUUGACAUUUCACGAGCUAGCCCAUCUGUUGUAUGUUGUGUUGACAAAAAAUAAAUUUGUCUCUCUCCAGUGCAUUUCCUUCGCCUUUGCCGUCAAAACCAGUGUUGUGUUGUCUUUAAUUUAGCAAACAUUUCAGGAUCAGAUUACAAAGUAGUCGUGUUCUUUUGGUGACCUGAGCACCGUCAAUAUGUGUCAAAUGUGUGUCAAAAUGCAUAAGCAAAAUGUAAUUCAGUCACGUCAGAAUGCCCGUCUUCGAACAAGCUUCUUCGGAGCCAAUAACAAAUCUGCAUCCUGUAAAAAGUGGCUACUAGCAUAGUAUAAGUUUUUAUUGAUUUUCCUUGUCCUUAUGAAUUCAAGUACAUUUUAGAGAAGGCCGCUGCAAAACGAUCCUUCUUUUUUCUUCUUUUCUGCUUGUAGCGAUAAAUUUCGUCUUCUUCAACUUUUGUACUCAAACGCAUUUUGCCGUUUUAAAAACCUCAAUCCCAGGAAAAAUUUUAACCAUGCCUGCCGAUGCACUUGAAUUCAGGGUUUCUAAACCACAAUCUAUAUAGCUCUAUUGUAUGAAAAAUUACAUAUUUAUGUAUGCCAUUAUGAAGAUAUCAUAAAAGACUCGUAGAAUUAUGCAAUUAAUACGGACCAUGUUAUAUUCUUUGGGAACAGCAUACGUAAACGUAGAGAUACGCUAGUUUAUGUAUGGACAUUCAACAAUUUUAAAAAAUCGCAUAAUAAGAAACUGUUUAAAUAGCGAAGCCUACCUCCUUUUAACGCACUAUGUUUAAAGAAAACGUGAUGUGCUGCCAUAUGGGUGCAAGGAAAAUGUUUUGGCAUGCUUUCUUUAAAAUAUAUUAUAAAUUAUAAGGGCACCGUCACUCAGUAGAAGAAUAUCAUACUAUAUUAAUAGUCAUUUUUACAGUGUAGUUUCCGCAAGCAGAAUUAAGGAAGCCCGUUCAAAAACCAGCUUUGUGAUUCGACUGAAAUAACUUUUAAGUAAGCUGUGUGAUGUUUGAUCUCAUGAACUUACUUAAGUACUAUGUCCUAACAGAGGAAAUACUUAAAAAUUGCUGUUCACAUUUCACGAGACAACACAUCUAUUGUAGUUUUUUUAAAUGUCGGUACUGUAUUUCCAGUAUCUUUUCUGGGAGAAAAAUAUGUUGUAAACAGUCGCACCAACUGUUGCGUCUUUUUCUUCUUCAGCAACCACCAAACUGCCUAAACAAUGAACAACUUAGCUCGAACGAAGAAGGCUAG